UUGGGGAUCUUGGUGACCCUGUAACCUUUCUGCUGGACAGGUAAACCGCUUUAACAAAGUAAGACAAGUGUCUGUAACAGAAGUGUUUCUUGUCAAACCGACCUGCUGUAGCGUGUUGUAGCGCCAUCACUAAACUGUCCUCCCUCGGGUCCUGGACUAUGUCACUUUAUCCUCGUUGUAGAAGUCCUGCAAACAUCGUGUUUGCUGGUAGUCUGUUGGCAUCUACAGUAGCACCAAUGCUUUUGACUUUCACCUUGACUGGGCCCCAUUUGUAAUGAUCUGAAGUAUUGAUCUACAUUAUAUCUGAAUUUAAUUGGAACGAUACGAGCGAGCAGGAGCGUCUGUUUGUGGGCGGGGCUUGAGGGGAGAGGAGGAGCUAAGGGGAACUGGAACUACCUCAGAUCCUGACUACCCCACAUCUAAAUCUGACUGAUUACUCUUACAUUAGAAUAGACUUGUGCAAAUAUUUCUCUUUUUGAUCAUAUCAGAGACUUUAUAAAGUAAAUAUUAACUAGAAAGGGACCGAAUCCUGAUGUUAGCUAAUGAGCUGCUGAACGUAUGAACUGACCAUAAUUUGUCAGGUUAACACGGUUUACUUGAUCAAAAAAGAAUCAGGGAACCAUCAUGACAAAAAGAGCCUGAGUGUUUCAGAGUCUGAGAUACAAUCAUACAGAGAAAAGCAGUUUUAGACUCAUGAUCUAACGAGGAAAAUAAACCAAGAAAACGUCUGGAUGCAUGUCCGCUCACAACAUUCAGGAAACUUUGUGAUGUCCCAGUACUCUGUUGUGUUCUAUUUCUUAUGUCUCGGGAGGACGUCACUCUUCUGCUCUAACACUUUUAUUUAGUAACACCCCUGACCUUCUCGGCAGGAAGUGUUAUAUUCACGUAUGAUAGUCCCUGCAGACCCGGGGCAUCUUCUGGUGAAGAAGGUGUGAGUAAAAGAUGAGGAAAUGGUCAGGGAGGGAAACUCCAGCGUCACCUGAAAUACAGAACAGAAACGCACACACGCACACACACACACACACACGCACACACGCACACACACACACACACACACACACACACACACACACACACACGGAAGAGUCUUAGGGCAGAUUAAGCUGCGGGGUUUGUGGAGUUAUUGUUCUCAGGGGAAAGGCCCACGUCUGUUUGUGUCCGUCUGUCCGUCUCACGUAUGACAUCAGCUGUUUCCCCACAAUGUUAGUCACCUUAUGAUGAUGUCACUCACUGUCUGACCUCAUUUUGAAAACAGGAACAAGCCGACAAAGAGGACCAGUCAGCCCAUGUUCAUGUCUGCCAUCAUCAUAAACAACCUCUCAUAUACAAUAUAACAACCCCGUUAAAAUCACAUGGUUGUGUUUAAAAAAAGAAACAGAUUUUAUAAAUAAAAUAAUUGAGUAUAAUAAAAAGACUUUCAGAGAGGUGCAGUCUCUCAGGCUGUGAGGAAAUACACAAACUGUUUCAGAUGAAUUUCCUCCUCAGAGUUAAGUUGCAGAUAAUUUGGGGUUUUUGUCGACUAAAAGAUCAUCAGGCAGCCUGGCAAAUACUGACACGUCUCUGUAGUGGAAAUUACUGCAUGAGUUUAAAGAAUCCAUUGUCCAUGAAUACAGUUUGACGCAGCUCAAGGAAGAACAUUUAUGAUCAUUUCUUCAUGGAAAUACAAUCAGACCGAGACGCUAAGGCAGAAGAACUACCGCGUCUGUAAAAUGAUUAAUAUGGUGAUUAUUACUUCAAGGAAAUGAUAAAAAAAUGAUCAUAAAUGUUCUUCCUUGAGCUGCGGCACCCCGCUGUAGUCCAACAAGCGUCUGCUGGAAGAGAGUAGGUGAGUUGUGUUUAGUCUCUUUGUUAAAGAAAUGAGUCAAAGUUAAAAAGAUGUUUGGUGUCUAGUACUAUGUCUGUGACCCUAUAUGUCCUGUUGAUGAAGUUAGGUGCUGUUCUGAGCAUUAUUUGUGGCUAUAGAGUGGCGUUUUGGUUGAGCGUGUGGCUCUCUGUGGUCGUUACUAAAGUUGGUAUAACUGGAGAAGCAAGCGGUCCACAACAUUCAUAUCUGGAGGGGGGGUCUGACUCUGUGUUACGGUGUGUUUGACCCUAAAUUAAUUUUACACCGGAAUAUCCCUUUAACUUUUACCAGGCAAGAAUAGGACAACUCCAGAAACUAUAUAAUAUCAUAAAAAUCUGCUUUAAUAUUCAACUGUUUGUCUCUGAAUUGUUUUUUAAUCAAUUUAAAACCACUAAAAAGUGUUUUUUUAUCCACAUUUUACUCAGAGUCACUAUUAUGGUCUUUAAAGGGGUUUUAAAAUAAUCCCACUCAGCCUAAAUAUUUACGUUAUCAGCUCCUUAAAAGGUGUUUUUUCCUCUUCAUCAUUAAUGCCAUCCUCCUCAUCCUCGUUCUCCCGGUAAAAGCAGCUCGGAGGUGUUUACUCUCUGCUCUUUUACUUUUAUUGAGGGCGCAGCAUCUUGUUUCUCUGGGACGCGCGCACUGCUGCCACGAGCGCGCACGAAGCGCCAUCACGUGGGAGGUCCCUUUAAGUUUCCACUGUCAGAGGCCCGAGCGUGUCACAUGGACAUGAGAUAAUGAAAAGGCAGGAACAGAGAGGCAGAGUGCGCGGAGCUCCAGGCUGAUGGGAAAAGGGGGCCGAAAUGUACGCAGUCAUCUCCCGACAGCCUCCAGGGACACGCAGACAACUGGCCCGAGCCGAGCCGAACCCUGCCGAUCCUGUCCGGGGCGGGCCGAGCCGGACUCACUGCGCCUCAUCGGACGGGACCUCUUCUCUCUAUUCGCAGUUGCACCUGCCAGCUAUGACACACUUUGGAAAGGAGGAAAAUGCGCCUCGGUGCUGAAGAGGAGAGGAGAGGAGAGGAGAGGAGCGCCUUUGACCGUGAGUGAAGUUCUUUCUGAUCGCUCAGCUGAUGUGGGAUCAGCUCUCUGCGUGUGUGCGUGUGUGUGUGAGAGUGUGUCGCAGCCGCAGGUGUGUUUGCGCGCUUGUGUUGUGGACGGUUGUUGAGCUGAGAGUGAGGAGCCACAUCUCUCAGCUUUGUGGAAAAUAAAAAAGUCUCCUUACUGGGGAAAGAAAGCGCCACAUUCCUGCAGCGGAGACUCCGGAUCAUGAGCCAUGUGCGUUUCUGAAGAGGUCUGUGUGUGUUCGCCAUGCAGUGUCCGCAUUCCAGGUGGUGUUGCGCACAUAGAAAUUGGAGUUGAAGUAAACAAGUGGGAAUAAUGAGGCCUCGCUCCGGAGCUCGAACACAGUGUUUUGAAGGUUGAGGACGGCGCUCCAGGCUCUCUGGAAACAUCCCGCCCCUCUUUUUACAAGCCCGACCCUCAGGCUCCAGAUGCAAGGGGAGAAGUUAUUGAUGAUUUUAAGACAACUGCCGCACGUCCAUCAUAGUUACGAAGUCGUAAACACCCCCCCCUCCUGUUGUCUUUACAGCAAGUUUGGAGAUUACGCACCGCUCCCUCAUUUUUCGCGGUGGCGCAAAGUCGAAUGAAACCUUAAUGAAGUGUGAUUGUGUGAAAUGUGAGCAGGCCUGGGGCAGUUUUCUGGCUGUGGGGAUAAUUGAUGAGUGUGUGGCUUUAAAGCAGCGGUCCUAUUUGUUUAAUAAAGCCUUCCACUUGUGCUGCGGGAUGUUUGGAAACGUGCCUGUGAGGAGCCGUCAGAAAAACAAGAAAACCACCUGCCCGCUGCUCCGCGAUUGCGCAAACACACACACACACACACACACACACACACACACACACACACACACACACACACACACACAAACACAAACAAACUCUCCCUCUCUCUCUCUCUCUCUUUCCCUGGUAACAUUUUUUUGCUGAUUCACAACAGGGCAGUCACAUCUGUGUGUUUAUGUGACACACAGAGUUCAAACAGCCUCUAAAUUUGGCCGCAGUUUCAGUCUCAAGCAGAGAGGGGAAAUCAUUCAGUGUGUUAAUGCGAGUGUUUCUUCCGGAGAUGAUUCCCAGCAGCAGAGAGGCUGAGUCAGACUGGGCCAACUGGAGGAGGAGGAGGAUCCAGUUAAUGUGGCAGAUAUUUACCCAUCAGACCGAGCAUCAGAGAGGAAAACCAGUAAACAGGACUCUGAAAAUAUGAGGAAACGCUUUUAGUCUGAUAGUGUUUCCUCAUAUCAUGAUCUCAGUGACGCACACAGGUUUAUGAAGCUUUUCCUCAUCUGUGUGAGUCUGCGCAGGACAUUUACCAUCGCACAAAAGGCCUCUGAAGUAGACCUGAAUCCCCGAGGAUAACCAGUAAAUGAGUUUGAUGACAGGACAGUUACCGACUGAAGGGACUACGAAAUUCAAGUUUGGAAACUUCAGCUGCCCCUGUGUUGGACUGUUUUAAAGAAUGUUGUCGACCGCUUGCUUCUCUAGUUAUACCAACUUGAGUAACGACCACAGAGAGCCACACGCUCAUCCAAAACGCCACUCUAUAACCAUAAAUAAUGCUUAGAAGAGCACCUAACUUCAUCAACAGGACAUAUAGGGUCCCAGACAUAGUACUAGACACCAAACAUCUUUUUAACUUUGACAAGAGACUAAACACAACUCACCUACUCUCUUCCAGCAGCCGCUUGUUUGUAGCGAGACCUCAGGCCAGUCCAUUACGGACUACAGCGGGGUGCCGCAGCUCAAGGAAGAACAUUUAUGAUAAUUUCUUCAUGGAAAAACAAUCAGACCGAGACGCUAAGACAGAAGAACUACCGCGUCUGUAAAAUGAUCAAUAUGGUGAUUAUUACUUCAAGGAAAUGAUAAAGAAAUGAUCAUAAAUGUUCUUCCUUGAGCUGCGGCACUCCACUGUAUUCCAACAAGCGGCUGCUGGAAGAGAGUCGGUGAGUUGUGUUUAGUCUCUUUCUCUUAUCAACAGGACAUAUAGGGUCACAGACAUAGUACUAGACACCAAACAUCUUUUUAACUUUGACUCAUUUCUUUAGCAAAGAGACUAAACACAACUCACCUACUCUCCUCCAGCAGCCGCUUGUUUGCGGGGGAGCCCUGACACGUAAAACUCCACCGUCGCUCAAAACUAUCUGAAGAAAAGUUUUUUUUCGAUCUUCGUGCCGAAAAACAUUUUAGCUUCUUUUGGAAGUGAUUUUGAGUCAAUGCAUAGAUUCCCACUACAGAGUAAUGUCUAUAUUUAAUGUAGAUUCCACCCAGUUUACUCCCAGAUACUCUGAAUGUUUUCCUCUACAUUUAAACUUUAAACACUGAGAAGGCGAACAGGAAACUGCAGCGUCUUAAAUCCUGUUUUUACAUACGAACGCUUGUUGUUUUGAGAGCAGAAACACGUGCGUGUUUGUUUUGGCUGAGGAGGAUCAGACAUGUGAAGUGUGCGGUUUCUAGCAUGAAACAGAACACACAUGAGCCGUCCAACAGAAGUAACAGUCUGUUCUUUUUCUUAUUUUUAUUUUUGAUCGUUUUGAUUCGAUCCAAAAGAAGCGAGGCGAAAUGUUGGCGAUGAUGGUUGCCGUGGCUGCAGAUUCACCAUUUCCAGUAAGUUUAAAGAGGAUGUGCACGAUUUAAGAAAGCAUUUUCCUCUUCAACACCGAGCGCAACAUGAGGAAAUCCAUCCUGAAGUGGUUUGUCAGACUGUGCAUCACGGAGGUAGUCUCUCAAACAUCAAGACAGAUAGUAUCAUGAGGUGGACCUGAGGCCGGUCUGAAGCCUUCAGCUCAGUCCUGCACUUCAGUGAGUUCACAUAAAACCGUCAUCUACAUGUUUGAUUCUUCUGACCGUUGUUAGACUGCCAACCUUUGGCCUGGCGUGCACACUCCAGUGUUUUCAGUCACUUCUGCAGAUCCGUGUGCACGCAGAUUGAUUUCACAGUUUUUAAUCGGACCACUGAGACUCUUCGUUUACACAUUUAAAGACCUCACCGACAUAAAGAUCCUGAUCGUUUCCAGGCAGUUAAAAGUGGCGUCUGUCACCGAAUGUUGUUGGAGUGUUUUAAAGGGAUAUUAUUUUGGGUCGAACACAUCGUAACGCUGAGUUAGACACUCCUCGAGAGAUGAAUGUUGCCUAAGUAGAGAAAUCAAGACGUUUAUAAUGAUAGUUAAUUGUUGUUUUGUUAACAGAAAGACGAACUCAAACUAAGUCCAUUUACUGGAUUUGAGAAUUUCAGAUUGUGACCCAGUUUUGAUCAUUUUAGGAACAUGUUUUUCACAGGCGAGCAGAGAUCCACAUCCCUGUACUCAUAUAAGAACAUCCUGGUUUCUGAUUGGUGGAUUUUUCUUUGUUUAUGUUUCACAACAGGAACCCCUAAAGUGAAGAAAUCUGGGGGAAAGAGAAAAUCGAACCACUGUGGCACUGUCUUGUUGCUGCCUCCAUGUUUGUUUUUGUCGUGCAGGUGGUCGAGGCUGCGCCCGUAAUAUCCCGCUUUCUGUCCCGGUUCUCUCAAACCCAGAAUCAUCUUACAGCCACGACUGAAAACCUCCAUGUAGAUGCAUUUACUUCAGUUACAAAUGUGAGUCAGAAUGAAGAAAGUCUGUGAGAGGUCAGUCGUUAAGCAGCGUUAGCAUUAAGAGGAAUGUAUACAUCAAAUUGAAUCCAUAUCUGUGCUGCUGAAACAUGUGGUUGGAGGGUUAUGAUUCAGGACAGACGUUACAUAACAACCAAACACGGCCGCUCUGAAGCUCUCCUUCUCAGUAUGUUUUAUCAGAAAAGAAGUCAGCGGGUUCGAGGACUCGGCAGCCCUCAGUCUCGCUUCAUGUCGUCCCUGCUGCUCGAGUAGAAACCUACAGAUUUGUGUCACCUGUGAAUUCACACUUCGCCUCUGCUUCCUGGUUUGUUUGUUGUUGUUGUUUUUUUUUUAAUGUUCUGUGGUGAACAAAUUCACAACAUCGUCCUAACAAGUACAAACGGUGUUAAACACGAGCCCGGCCGUCCUCGACGCUCCCGUAUGAUAAUGAAAUUUGCGAUAAUCCUGCAGCUCGAGCCAUUAACAGGCAUUAAUCCUGCUGCGUUUGGCCUUAUUAGCCGUCAAGCUUUUCGAAGCAAACUUUCACGGCUCUGAGCUGUUAUUUCCGCCUCUGAGAGUGUCACUUGGCAAACGUAUAUGCUCAGAAUCCCAGCAAUGAAGCCUGAACCUCAGAUUAGCCGCAUGCUUGAAAUGGCUGGAGUGUGUCAGAGGAGUGGAGCGGCGAUUACCCGGCCCGCCUGUACGCAUACGUGUGUGUUCCUGUUUAUCUGCCUCUGUUUUUGUGGCUGCAUGCAUGUGCUUACCAAAGACAGACCAUCUGCGUCACAGACUUAGCAUGACGUCUGUCAGAUGUUUACACACUCUCGUCCUGGCUCAACAAAUAGAUCGCUUUCUUUCAGAUGUAAUAAAUCCUGUUGUUUUCAGCACCGUCUCGCCGCUGAGAGCGAUUUUCAUCUUCUUCUCUCAAACACCUUUUUUCCCUCUCAAUCUCCGUCCCUGACUCUCUGGUCUAUUUGUAGCCUCGACAUCAGAGUCUUAUCUGAGAAAUGAGCCCAUUACUUUCUUCUCUGGUGUGCCUUUCCCUGAAUUAUUCAAGUAAACGGUGUGUGUGUUUUUAGUCGUGCCUCAGUGUGCUCAAACAGCCAGCUGUGAAAGUUGUGUUUCCGCCGAGUUAUGUGAUCAUAAUUAGCAGCUCCCUUGUGACUGGGUGGUUGUGUAUAUGUGUGUGUGUGUGUGUUUGCAUGUGAGAGAGAGAGAGAGAGAGAGAGAGGGAGAGAGAGAAGGGGUGUGCUUGUGUUUACAUGACAGCCGAGCCGACCAGGAGAGGAAGUGACGCAGGAGGCAGCAAAGGGGCGAGAGCUGCAGAUAUUACAUUGCUGCAGAAAGAACGAGAGAGAGAGAGAGAGAGAGAGAGAGAGAGAGAGAGAGAGAGAGGAGAAACAGAAGAAGAAGAAGAAGAAGAAGAAGAAGGGGGGAGAGGGCAGGAAAACCACAGACAGAUGAAAAGAGAGAGAGAGAGAGAGGAACAAAGAAAGUCAUGAGCGAUCACUUUCUCUCCUCGCAGACUGCAGGAUGGACGCCCUGCCUCCUCUGCCGGAUCCACCGUAAACAAAGCACGCACUUCAAAAUGACUCAGUGUCCGUGUAGGUUGGGCAACUGCGCAUUUGAUUAUGAAAUGUGUUUACCUUCUCCGUCCGCUCACUAGAACAGCGGUGACACAGGCUUUUGUUUGUCCCGAGCUUUGCCUGAUCCAGAUCGGAGCCAACCGCCCUGGUUACGAUCCACAGUCAUCAUCAUCAUCAUCAUCAUCAUCAUCAUCGUCGUCUUCUUCUCUCUGGCCAGCUGCCGCUCUCAGACCGGAGCAGACUCGAACUUUCUUGGCCGUUAAAAGACUUUCAUAACAGCUCUGGUAAUGGACACUCCUCAAAUAUUUCCUCAGCAAACGGCGGGUUUCCUAAGGGAUGGAAAGAAGGACAUGGGAAGACGGUUCUCAAAGCAGCUCAUUAAAGGCCCAACGAGCCGGGGAAGUGGUGGAGGGAAAAUCCACCCCAGUCAGAUUACUGAACGAUCAGAUUCAGAGCGUCCUCACCUUCAUGUUAUUGAAACAGGACUCCUCUGUGGCGACUUAACAUCGUCCUGUAAAGCUCCGCCUGCGAUACUGAGCGGCUGCAGGUCCGAUUUUGAUGAUUGAUAACAGCGAACUGAUGAUUUUUAAGAGGUCAAACCAAACACAGAUUUGACGGAUCGUUGUUGCAUCUCUGCCUCCUGAUAAAUCAGCAUCUGUACAAACAAACAAAAACAGUCCAGAUCUCUCAGGAUAUCAACCAGAUUGCAAAACAAAACAAAACCAGAUCGCUUUUCCUCCCUUUUGUAAACCACCAGUGUUGGUAUUUAACCGCCUCUUCAGCAUUUUUAAAGUUUGAUCCUUAAAAGAAGAAUUCUGUUAUGUUGGACACCAAUAAGAUGCUCCUGGGUGCAGUUUUGUUUUCCACGACGAAGACGUGACGUUGAUGAGCGAAACAUAAGUCUUAGAUGACUAAAAUGUGACGAGACGAAACGUUAGUGGUGGACGACAAACAGAGUUGCAAAAUUCAUGAGCAUUUCUUCAAACACUAAAGGUAUAUUCUACAGUGUUGUUAUCAUUCCUGGGUGAGUUUAGAAGGAUGCUAAAGGUUUCCAGGGAGCAGAGUCAAUAUUACAUGUCUGCAGAGCCGGAGAGCCAAUCAGAUCCACAGCCGUGACAGAUCCACAGAUCCUCUUUUUAACCGCUGUUCCACGUCCCUUUUUGUGCCCAGAAAUUAUAUUUAAUUAACAAGUUAAUAAAUAAAUAAGUGACCACAGUCACACAUUAUUAUCGAAUCAAAAUAAAAAGUCUUUGAAAUUUGUGAAGAAAGUUUUCAGUUCUUUGGACUCUCAGUCACAUAUUUAGGUAUUAAUCUAGAUUUUAUUUAUCUUACAAUUUUUAACUUAUCAUCUUUUUAUGUAUUGUCUGUCUACCUAAUAUUUCAGGUUUAUUCAACCAAAAUAUCAACUCAUAUUUUCCCAGUAUCAGAGGGAUUGGCCUCGCUUUUAUACUCUUGACUCCUCGGCGAUGAUUUUGACCCCCUGAAUGCAAAAGUCUGCGUCUGCAGAGCCGAUGAAUCUGAUAUUUUGUGUGUUUUUAUCAUAUAUUUUCAUGUGUAAUCUCAUGCACAUUAUUUGUCAUCACACUUCUGUUUCAUUCACUACAUCGCUAGUAGCCUACGGGUCAAAUAGUACAUUUCCGGCCUCUGACAAGCUAAUGUUAGCAUUAGCUUGACCGAGAUUUGACGUUCAUUUGAGACGAUCAUGGAAAAAAGAAAAGUGUCAUAAACGGAGCCUGUCACAUUGACAUUUAUUUCUCCAUCAAAUUCAAGACAACUGUUUUAUUAAUGCGAUUAAUACUCGCUCAUGGCGUCCCUCCAUUCAAGCCAAUAACUUUCGAGAAAGAAGCAGCAAGAAGGAGCAGUCACGUGUUUCCAGCUGUGGAUCAGUCAUGCAAUGACCUACUCUGGCCAGCAGGGGCGCAAAGAGGGUUGUGGAUCUGUCAUGGCUGUGGAUCUGCUGCAGACACCCCACCCCCUACUCACCAGAAUACUUAAAAACUGCAGUUCUCAAUGUGUCCACUAGAGGCUGAGGCUGCUUUUCCAAGAUGGCGACCUCCAGUGUUUGGGCUUCAGGUAAAAACAAACACAUGAAACCUGGUCUACAGAGCGACCUGAAGCUUUGGAGUGGACAGGUGAAGGCUGGAGUUGUGGAGCUUUACUCUCCUGCAUCCAGGUCAUCUCCAGGAUGAACUUCUUGGAGAUGUUUCGACUCUCCUCCUACAAGCUACAAGUGCAGAGGGAAUGAAGAGGCUGAACGCCGGAGGAGAGACGAAACAUCUUCAACCAAAGUCAGUUUUUCCUUUUGGAUCACAGCUCAGAUAAGUGGAUUUAAAGGUUUGUUUGUUCCUGUGAAUCUGUGGGGUUUUAUUUGAUUGGACAGUUUUGUACAGUUUUUGUUUAGAGCUGUAAAGUCACUCUGAGCAGAAGCUACAUUUACUCUCUUCAGGAGGUCCAGGUCUGUCAUGUCUGAAACUAGUCAACACUGACACGGGGACAGUCCCUGCAAGAACCUGAUCGUACUUUAACCCCUGAAUAUAACUUUAUGGAAAUGUUCACACUCUGCUGUGCUGCUUUCAAGAGUCAUAUCCAGGUAUCAGAAUUGAUUUCCAGCUGAUUCACGAGUGACUAAAAACUCCUGAUAGCAGCUUUAAGAGCAAAACUAAAGUCAGCAUGAGUGUUAUUGUGAGUUUUUUGAGCUGUCGGAGUUGUUUUCAUGUGUCAUUAGCUCUCCAAAAUAUUUCUGCUCUUGUGAUUUAUUACAGAGAAUGGAGUAAAUAUCAGCGUCUGAUCGUAUCUGUCUUUUUCUUGGCUGCUGGAGGUGCUUGGCCAGAAAACCGGACUCAGACGUGAUAAAUAAAGCGAUAUAUUAAAGAUAAGCAUCAAGAUUGAUCUGUUUGAUUUAUAUUCAUGCUUUUAACUCUUAAUUAUUGAUCUGAUUCAUCGGUUGUAGCGUCCCCGCCUCUGAAAUGCUGUUUUGGCUGGACGUGGUGGAUAUCAUGGAUGGUCUCUUAGGGCAAUUUGGUUUGUAACAGAAGAUCAAAACAAACAAUUCUCACAUCACAGAGAGAAAGCAUACAGCAGAAAUAAUGUAAAUAUCUUGAAUGUAAACUCUACCCCUCUCAACCAGUUUUCCCCUCAGCUCCUCCUCUCCCCUCAAGCCCCGCCCACAAACAGACGCUCCUGCUUGCUCGUAUCGUUCCAGUUAAAUUCAGAUAUAAUGCAGAUAAAUACUUCAGAUCAUUACAAAUGGGGCCCAGUCAAGGUGAAAGUCAAAAGCAUUGGUGCUACUGUAGAUGCCAACAGACUACCAGCAAACACAAUGUUUGCAGGACUUCUACAACGAGGAUAAAGUGACAUAGUCCAGGACCCGAGGGAGGACAGUUAAGCGAUGGCGCUACAACACGCUACAGCAGGUCCGUUUGACAAGAAACACUUCUGUUACAGACACUUGUCUUACUUUGUUAAAGCGGUUUACCUGUCCAGCAGAAAGGUUACAGGGUCACCAAGAUCCCCAAGCGUCCCCCAUCGUUUAUGUUGACCUGGCUUUUUAGCUCUUGUCCGGUCUACCUCCGUUUUAAGCGCCCGUUAUUCCUCCAGAGUCUCCGGUAUGUACUUUGUUUUCUUGCUUGUGUCGGCAGUCGUGGCCAAAGGAGGAUUCAGACAAUUUUCCGAACUUUCUGGUUGGUUUCUACUGUUGUAGCACGCUAACUUUGUUUGGGCUCCUGAACGACACGGGGGAGCAGCAUUUUCUUGUUGACUGUUUUCUUGUUGACUGUUUUCUUGCUGACUGUUUUCUUGUUGACUGAUUAUGGUUGACUGUUUUCCUGCUGACUGUUAUCUCGUUGACUGUUUACUUGUUGACUGUUUAUGGUUGACUAUUUUCUUGCUGACUGUUUUUUUGGUGACUGUUUUCUUGCUGACUGUUUUGGUGUUGACUGUUUAUGGUUGACUGUUUUCUUGUUGACUGUUUUCUUGCUGACUGUUUUUUUGGUGACUGUUUUGGUUUUGACUGUUUUCUUGUUGACUGUUUUGGUUUUGACUGUUUUCUUGUUGACUGUUUUGGUGUUGACUGUUUAUGGUUGACUGUUUUCUUGUUGACUGUUUUUGCUGACUGUUUUGGUUUUGACUGUUUUCUUGUUGACUGUUUUCUUGUUGACUGUUUUGAUUUUGACUGUUUUCUUGUUGACUGUUUUGGUGUUGACUGUUUUUGUUGACUGUUUUCUUGUUGACUGUUUUGGUGUUGACUGUUUUUGUUGACUGUUUUCUUGCUGACUGUUUUCUUGUUGACUGUUUAUGUUUGAGUGUUUUCUUGCUUGUGUCGGCAGUCGUGGCCAAAGGAGGAUUCAGACAAUUUUCCGAACUUUCUGGUUGGUUUCUACUGUCCGAUAUUGUAGCACGCUAACUUUGUUUGGGCUCCUGAACGACACGGGGGAGCAGCGUCUGCCUCACAACCAAUCAGGUUAGAGGAGGUGGAGAACGGCUUUGUUUACAGUCAGAAAGAGCGGACCGCUCAAAAAUGUUCAAAUGUUGACGACACAGACAUAAGAGAACACAGAGAUAUCGUUAUAUUACCAAAUGUCAUCAAUAACUAAUAACUAUUGACUGAUAUUAAAGCUUAUUUUUAUAAACACCACAAAAAAAGAUUCUUCUUUAACGGAUUCCUGCUCCUACACCACCUUUAAAAUGGACUCAAUAAAAUUAGAGUAAAACAUUAUAAGAAGCUUUUUGUCAAUGUUAAAACGCCUCAAUUUCCUCAGAUAAAAUAACCUCUGAUUUUUCUUUGAGUUGGUCUCAGAGGACAGUUUGUCAUCCAGGAUGGUACCUCCGUAUUCGUACUGACUGACUACUUCUACGUCUUUCGUUUGGUCUGGAUUGCGUGCCCCGUUGAGGCGCUGUGAUAAAAGUGUGAAUGGAGUCGGUCCGGUCAGAGGUGAGCGGCAGAUUGCAUCGUUAAGCAGCCUGCAGGACGGAGGCUGAGUUGGCAGGGAGAGUCUGGUCUGGCACCGAUCAGCCUGGCAUACAACCGGCCUGGGGUGGACGUGAAAUGAAACCUCAGCAGGGCGCGAGUAACGGAGGAGAAAACUUCCCACGUCUUUAUUAGAGUGGAGAUGAAGGAGGAGAAAGAGACGGAGGGUGGCGUGAUAAUUAGAUUUAGGAAGAACUAAGUUAGCAUUGCAGCAUUUUUCCCCAACUUUCAUCCUUAUUUUCCUCUAUUUGAGCUCAUUUGGCAGACUUCUGUAGCAGAGGAACAUCAGGUCCGGCUUUAACAGAGAUGUAACGUUUCCUGGCAGCAGCUCGCCGCCCAUAUGUCUGCUGGUCACGGCAAUUAAACCAUAAGAUUGGGAAGGAAAAAAAGGGGCUGCGGGGGCGAGAAGAAGAAGACGCAGAAAUGUAACGCAGAAGAGAGGGGGGAAAAAAGGCCAGGCGGGGUUUGUAGAUUUGGUUUAGAUGAAAGAGACGUCUUUAAAGUCUCGCCGCUUCUUCACGCACACAUGAAACGCACUUUGAGUUUGUAUCUGCGAGUGAGACCUAGAAAGAGCCGCAACCAGGAAGUGCUCAGAGGAAGAGAGCGAGAGGAGCCGAGCCCAGUGUGUGGGUAGAGACAUUAACAUGGUGAAGUCUGAAAAGAAGAAGCUGCAGGUGUUUGUUUUUCGGAGACGACGAGUCAUAGUAGAAAUGAUUUACUAGCGCUGGAGUGAAGCCAGGACGAGGGUUUGAGCAGGAGCCAGUCUGGUAGAGAGGGAGAGAUUCAGACAUGAUCUUCAAACAACAAAUACGAGCAAUUUUCUUCAUAUCUGAAAAUAUCUGCUCGGCAUUAAAUGAUCUAUUUCAUCUCUAACAGCGAGAGGGAGAAUAUUCUGCUGAGUGAUGGACACGAAAAGCUUUUACCUCGUGGUUAAAACAAAACCAAGUGGUUUAAAAAUAACGCCAAUGUCAGGAUUUUGAGUCCAAACCACAGACUGUAUAUACUGUGGACCACUUGGCUCCGCCUUCCGCCAUUAAACAAAUUCGAAGCCAAAUUGCUCUCAGUAUUUACGGGAUUUUCUCCACCUCCUGGAACCACCAGUUGCGCAGUGUCACGACCAGAAAAUCCGAUUUAUAAGUGCGAAAUGUACAUCACUUCCUCUACCAGCCAUCUUUGCGACAGCUUCGACGUUUGUUCGACAGCUUCAUCAUCAGCGAGCUCGCUUCAGUCAGAAUGGACGCCUCAGUUUAUCACCAGCCACACACUUUUCUGUUCUCCUGAAUGGAGUUUUUCCCCCGACUGAAGCAGAGCGCCGGAAGGUCAAGAGAAUGGCGCCCAGUCUCACGAUUAAAGGUUCCUACGACUAGUUUGAUUGUAAAAUUGCAACGUAGUUCUAAAAGGCUUGAAUGAAUGUGAAUAUAUAAGUGUUGAAAUUAAAACGCUGUUUAAAAACGAUGAAAUUCAUUGUCCAUAAUGUGUCGGCUUCAUGAUUUUGACCGGGUGACGGCGCUCUCUGUGGCCCAAAGCUCUCACCGUGCUUGGCCGAGGCUCUAGCGAAUACCUCAGAAUUAGCCCUGGAGCCUCCUGCUAGCUAGCCUGUCAUAUCGCCGGUUUAAAUAAAGUUUUUAAGGUGACAUAAAUUUGCACUUGUGCGGUACGGAUCGGCUAGGUAGCGACUCACUGCCGUAAAAUACAUUGAAAGUCCCGCCUCCUUCGCCUCUGAUUGGCUAGAACAUUACAGAACAUUAUCACACUUCUGAAUCGACUAACCCUAACCCUAACCCUAACUGGACAGACGAUGACAUUUCAAAGUCAUAAGUAAUAACCAAUCAGAGCCUAGCACUUACAGCCAAUCAGAGGCGAAGGAGGGCGGGACCUUCCCCUACCAUUUCACUUCCAGGGCAGAUCUGGUAGUGACACGCAGGAGUAUUGCUCACAUUCGGCAGGAGAGUCGCUGUGAUGACGCUCGGCUCAAACAGCGUAUCCCCCAGGUGUCAAUCAUAGAAAACAUGAACCCCCUAAUAACUUUAAAAAAUGGAGCUCAAAUCAGUCUGACAGUAACUACAUGUCAACAUCACAACCAGGGGGGAGAAACAUUUAUAUUCUGUGUCAUUAAUUUCUAAAGUUUGUCUACAGCUCCAUAAGGAGGCGGGGUUUAUGACCUAUAAACAGUCCACGGUCCGAACUGAAACAUUCAGCCUCAUAUGCAGGAGUUAAUUUACAGUUAACUUGUUGCAUUCACACGAGAAAACAGACUCAGAGUGGAAGAAACACUGAGAGCAGAGCCAAAGCAGUGCAUUAAUUUUAUCCACCAUCUGUGAAGUCAAAGGCAAAUAUAAGCACCGAUAAUUGGGCAAGGCUGUCAGGCCGUGGUUAUUUUAGCCGCUGACACGUUUUAGUUGGACUUAAAUUAACUCAUGAAGAAGAAAAAUACACGAGGCUCUGCUGCGAACUCCGGGACAUGACAGGUUUCUACACCAGACGUGAUAUUAAACUGAAUUUAAUACUUGGCACUCACACAGAAAGAGCUAACCUCAGUGUCAACAUAUCUCCAAUCCGCUCAUUUUCCUAUUCCUGCCUCCAGUCUUCUGUGAAACAAAAACAGGAACUAUAAGUGAGAGUAAUAAAGUCGUUUAACUAGUCUGACUCUGAUCUUCUGGUUCGAGCUCAGGAGGAUGAAGAUAAAGAGGGGUUAACGCAGCUGGGAUGGUUUUCAAAGAGGUGCAGACUGCUACAGCUGGGCUAAGUAGGCCAAAGGCACAGGGGAGUGUCACAUGAACCGGAGCUGCUAUGUUAGCCAUCCUCCAGUGUCCUGUUCAGCCACAGAUGGGAAAAGAGACAGAGCGAGGGAAAGAGUGAGCGAGCGAGCGUGCGUCAUGUAUCCCAUGCUGCCUGACGUCUGUGCAUGAUACCCAAAACCUUCGCGCCGCGGCGAGGAAGAGCUCGUUUCCACUGGCACAGACGCCGCGCCGACCUUUUCUUUAACCACCUGAACCGGGCGCUGAAGGUCGGCAGGGUCGGGGAAUUUCUCUGCGGCGGGUGCCAGAUCACGGCGCUCAUCUGAGUUCAUGAGGGUCAGAGGAAGUUCAGCUGGUCCUCGAUGUCACAGCGUGAAGCCGAGACAACAAAACCCUGACCAAACUCUUGGCAUGCUCUUCCGGCCUCCUCGUCCUCUUCCCGUCUCUGCAGCGGCGGGGAUUUGUGAAUGGAGGAGCUUCAGGGAGGCCGCUCUGUUUCAGGCCACCACGAAUGACUUUUGACUUUUAAGGAGAGUUUCACAAAUAUGAGUUCAUUCUUAUAAAAAGGAGGUAAAUGUUAUUAGACUAGAAGGUAUUUAAAUUUGCUUAUUUUAAAUUUACAGAUUGAUCUCUCUGACUGUUGGCCUGUUUUUCAUAUUUAUUCUUAAUUAAUUCAAAAGAGAGGAGAUUUUUGGGGCGCCAAAAAAUGCACCCCGCAUAUAUUACACACCACCACCCACCAGGUGGCAGCAGAGAAGUGCUUUGCAUGAACAGCAGAGUGUAACCCGGGAACUCCACUGGAUCGAACGACUCGGAUGAGAAGCUCUUGCAAGAUUACUGAUAGUUCUCACAAGACUGGACGAGAUCUCACAAGAUCUCGCGUGUUUCCCUGUGAGACAUUGAAUGAGAUCUGCCGAUCGGUGUAUAUAAACACCCACAUCCCACAACCCUGGCCUCUCCUAUCAUCAAGCUAAGAACAGUUCAACUUAUUGAUUUUCUUUUAUUUUGAAAAUUCACCGGAUAUUUUACUUUACGCCCGUAAGGUGCAGUACGUCCAAUCAGCAGCCUUCACUAAUGAAAACCACUUUAAAAUCACGGGAAAGUGCAGUUCCUCCUGUGUCCACUCGAGGCUCUCUUUAAAACCGCUCCCAUUGUUUGUGGAUCAGUUAGGAAAUUCCGUCUGCGUCGCUCUUUUACACGUUUUACUCCAUCAUAUGUUAAUUUUCCUCUCAUGAUUACUCCCCGUCACUCUGAGGUCAGACCCUAUCCCCACGGCAACAGAGAGGUGAAAUCUACGCCGGGGAGGGGAGCGAGGGAGACGGAGGGGAGAAAAUGUGAGAAGGCGAAGUUGUGAGGUCAGAGUUGUAGAAGCUAAAAUAUAUUUGUUUAGUUUGUCACUGAGGGGCAUGGUUUUAGGAUGUUUGGCGGGUUAUUUAAAUCUCGGGUUUGUUCGGUAAACUUUUCUGUCUUUCAUCGUUUUUUCAUCCUGUUUUAACCUCAUUUCAUCUUAUCACUUUUUCACUCGGAGGCAAAAGUUUUGGACCUGGAUCGGCGUGUUUACUUUCCUUUUUUGAACAAUAAACCACUUUUUUAAAACUCAAACCGGACUGAUAACUGAACGCGUCACAGAUGCAAGAGAACCUAAACCCAGCGGCCAUUUUUGUCGAAGGAAAACAGUCGCUACAAGAGCGAUGAAAAGAUGAGUGUGAGGUCUGGGAAAAGAGAAGGAGGGUCAGAGGGGGUCGUACAGCACCGGUGUCAGAGUUAGUUUUGUAAAAAUGAAUAUAUAGAAUGUAGUAAGUGUGUAUUUUUGCCUCCACACACGCCUGUCGGUCCCUCAUCAAGCACAUCCCCUCUCACAGGUCUGCAUCAGCCGCCUCACUCCGGCAGGGUUUUACGUCACAGUGACUGGCCUAGAUUGUUGAAAAUGGACCUGGAACACUUGCCGUUUAUAGCCUUUCCUCUGCCUCUCCCCGAUGUAACGGCAGAGCACGACUUUCCCAGGAAAAAAAAAAAACAAAAAAAGAAGAAGAAGAAGUUCCUCUCCUCUUUUCUUACAGGCAGGAACAGACGGACUCACGUUUUCUCAACAUUUCAUCCAGAUGUGAGACGAUUUUCAGAUCAGACUUUAGUCAAACUUUCUGAUAAAACACUUCCUGUCUGGUUCUGCAGACCGUAUCACACACAGGAACAGAUAACUUCUCUGUUUGCAGCACACACACACACACACACACACACACACACACACACACACACACACACUGUGCAUCAAAAUAAAUGCAGACAUGAACAGAAUUAUCUCUGCAGUGAUCUUUGCAUGCUUUUUAUAACUGCACGCUUAACUAAGAAAUUACAUACUACCAUUUAAGAAGUGUGUGUGUGUGUGCAGGUGUGUGUGUGUGUGUGUGUGUGUGUGUGUGUGUGUGUAGUAGGAGUGGGCGUCUCUUCAUGUUACCAAACUCUUGCUGUGUCAUCGUAUCGAUUCGAUUCUCUCUCUCUCUCCCUCACUGACUGUCUGGUCUCUGUCUCCCCUCCCCUCCCUUUACGCCUCCUCUGUUCCCACGGCAACACGUGGCUACCGGUUACAUAACAGCGGCUGCUCACGGCGUUUGUGUAUGUGUGUGCAUGUGUGUACAUAUCUGUGUGUGUUUUUGUUGCUGCCCCCGGGCCCUGAGAGUCAGACACUAAAAACAUGCAGCUUUCAGGCUCAUGUGAGUGCAUUAUUGAUGGUGUUAGUGAUGAUUGCACCCGCGGCUAUAUGCACCCUGCUGAGCGAGUGUGUGUGUGUGUGUGUGUGUGUGUGUGUGUGUGUUUGGGCUCACCUUUCUGCAGUCUGGGUAAUUUCCACUAGAUGGGAACAGUGUGCAAGCAUCGCCACACCUCACAGCUCAUGUCAGAGCGACGCACACUGAUCUGCGAGGAUCUUAUAAACACGCUGGUUUUUAUCUGAGGAGUGUUUAAAACAACAUCAUAACCUCGACUCCGGUCUAUUUUACAGACUCACAUUAACAUUUUAUGAGAUGUAAAACCAAAGUGAUGGAAAGAUUCCUGAAAGGUGAUUUGUUUUAAAAAGAGAGAGCUGGACUGAAGUUGUUUUUGUCUUUCUUGAUAGGUCGGGUCAGCUGUGGAGGGACGUGAAAAUCGAGGAGUGCACAGUGGGAGGAGACGGGCAGGACAUGGAUGUAGGUGGGAGUCGAACCAGCAACUGCUGCAACGAGGACUAAUGCCUCUGCUCAUGGAGUACGUGCUUAAACCGCCAGGUCGACGACACCGGGUGAGUUUUUAUUCUGUCAGUAAAAUCACUUCUUACUUACUUACACGCAGGGGAUGAAAUGUGCAGAGAUGAAGCACACUGCUUAGCCACAGGGGGCGCUAAAGCUUACACGAAGAUAAAAGUCCCUGUGAGGCACUUUUAAAAGAGGUGAAUAAAAGUUUUUUAUUUUACACGUAUCUGUCGAGUCAGCUGGACCUUUAUUUAUGCAGAAAUUUCUCAGAGCCAAUCAGACCAAAGUUAUUUUUCACACCUCUAAAGAUGGACCUUUUUGAAUGAGUGUGUAUGUGGCUUCUGGGGCUUUUGCAGCCAGCCUCUAGUGGACACUUAAGGAACUGCAGUUUUUUUUUUUUUAAGUAUUUGUUUUUGCCGAUUUUUGUCUUUAUUGAUAGGAUAGAUUGGAAAUACAGGGAGAUAGAUAGAGAUGGUGGAGGACAUGCAGAACAUGGUCGGAGCCGGACUUGAACCCGCAACCAGAACCAUCUGUGUGCCCCGGAACUGCAGCUUUUUAUGGAUUAAUUUGGCUGUUUACUCUUCGUAAAAACUUUAAUUAUUAAAGGCCAAAGUUUUAAAUAUCAGCUCAUGGAAAAGCAGCGUGACUGCAUCAUUCACGCCGACAGAAAAUCACAUUUAAAAUUAUUUACAGGAACCCUCGAUCUCUUCAUCCUCCCAAACACCAACAGAGUAGUUAAUCCUGCACAGACCAUGGAGUAGGGCUGGGCGACAUGACCUCAAAUCAAUAUCACGAUAUAUCGAGUAGUUCACCUCGAUGACGAUAAAUGAACUAGGGCUGACCGAUAUGGGAUUUUUUCAAAUGGCAGAACAUUUUUCAAAGUGAAACCGAAUCUUAUUCUCCGCAUUUUAUUUCUGAGAAUAUCAGUGAAAAUCGGCGAGUUUUGGAUGAUUACCGAUUAGUCUCAAGCGGGCUAAAAUUGGCCGAUUUAAUCAGCUCGCCGAUAAAUCGGUUGGGCCCUAAAAUAGACGAUAACUACUCCAGAAGCUGCUCACCCCCUCCCACAUUAACUUCGUCUACUUCAGCCGCUCCAACUUUUGAACCGUCCUCCAUCUCCUCACCUGUCUUUCCCUCUUUGUUAUGGACUGGAUGGGGCGGAGUCACGUCUCUGACGUAGGACAGCGUCUUAAAGGGACAUGAGACCAUAGCCUACCUACACACGUCCAAAACCAACUUGAUUUAUUUGUUUUUUUUUGACACUGAAUAUACCGAUAUGAGCAAAAUUACGUCAGUAAUUGUAUCGGUAAAUUUCCGGUUUAUCGCCCAGCCCUCAGAUCGAGUAUCUUGUCUUCAUGAUAUCAGGAUUAUGAUCCUCUUCACUGCAGCUGGACUUUUUGUGGUUUGUUCAAAAGUGAAAGGUGAGACUCAGAAUCCAGAAUAUUUCCUCAGAGUCGAUAUUUAACGGUGAAACUGGAAUGUUUUGUUCAGCCGGUCAAAGAAACUGUGGGUGACGUUGGUGCCGACUGAGACGUUCUUCAUAGAUUUCUGAAGAUGCUGAACCAGCCUCCACACUCUGAGACCAAAGUUCAUUUUUUAAAGCGGUUCGAACAUUUUUGCUGCUUCUCUCAGCCUCUGCUUCAUUCAGCGUGUCCUUGCUGUUGUUGGACGUAUGAAUGGGGAUUAAUGUUUGAUUAAAUAGUGCGGUGAAUGUGUGUGUGUGUGGGAGAGAGUCAGAUAACUCCCCACACACUCUGACACACACACACACAGACACACACAGACACACAGCCCUGCCCUGGCCUCAGAUCCCCUCUAAUGGCAUUAGGCAGGCCUCUCCGGGGGAGGCCGAGCUGCUGUUCAUUUCAAUUACAACCACGUCAAGGAGCGAUCCCACGCAGCGCGCUCCGCUCUAAUCGAGCUAAUUUCAUAUUUAUGAGGAAGAAAUGUUUGUAAAACAUAAACACAACACUCAGCUGCACCCUGAGGGGCGCCGUUUCCACUCAAGACGGUCAGAGAGCGUGACUCUCGACUCUGACAGACAGGAAGUGGAUCUGUGGAUGUGACCUCUUCUGCUCAGGGCCACAGAAAGCUGGAUGUACAGUAUCAGAGCGUGCAGCGAGGCCAUAAAAAGCCGACUGUCUAAUCUUUACGACCUGCGCCGUUUCCACGGUGUCGGCAGGUUCUGCUUACGCCACCAAACCGGCCUCGAUAAAUCCAGAGCGCUCGCUGCACGUCACCUCUGCAGAGACCCCUCCCCCCCCCGGUCUGUCACAGCAGAGGCGGUUUUCUCCUGAAAUGAAACGUCUUUCUGUCUGAUUUGUGCAGGAAGUGUGUGAUCACCUGUAAUCAGGGCUGAUUUAUAAUAAAAAAGAAGUGAAACUCUGAGGUUCAACUUUGCAUGAAUGAUAAUCAAUAAUCAAUAAUCAAUCAAGACCCCCAGGGUUUAUUAAUGUGAGGAGAAGAAGGUCCAGCAGGAAGUAGGGCUGCACGAUUCACCGGUUUUAAAUCGUGAUCGGAUUAUUUGAUGAUGACGAUGUUAAAAAAGUGAAAAUCAUCAAAUUGAUUUUUCUCUCUAUCAUGUCUCACUCCUCCAGGCCACCGUAGACUCCUCCCCCUUCCUCCUCAGUUAACACACACCAGUGUAAACAAACAUGGCGUUUGCAAAAGAAGGCGAUAAUUUCAUGGUUAAAUCGGACAAGAGCGAGUCAGUCGUGUUGAAUUGGUACGACUUCACAGUUUCAGGUGAAGAGUAAACCACUCCCCGCUGUAAAGUCUGUCUGAAGGCGGUAUCAACCCGUCACCUCGGUGUUUCAUCCACACGAAAACGGCGUUUUACACUUUCAAAGAUGUUGAGAUGAGGCUCUAUCGAGACGAAACAGUUUUACAUCCUCAACACUCAAGACAGCCGCGACCUCACCGUUUUAUCGCAGUUUUUGCCGUUACACUUUGCGGUUGAUCGAACACUGAGGACCGUGGUCCAUCAGGCUUUGAUUUCAGGAGGAAACACUAAAGUUUUUUGUCAAAUCGGCGUUUCAGGUGACCGUAAACGGUACUUUUUGAAAACGGGUCAGAGAGUGAAUAAAUCUGUAAACGACGACCAUUUCAUCUCCGUGUGGAUGUCUAUCUGCAUCUCUGGAAACGAUCAUGUGACACACAGAGUAACUCUUUUAUGGCGCCAAAACAACCUUUAUACACAUGCUCUGUACUCUUCUUCUGUCUUUUGUGUAUUUCCUGUGCAGCGUUACAGCGCCACUUACUGGCUCGGCAUAUGAACUACAUCAUUUUCAGAGAGAUGAUAGAAAACCUUUUAUCUUUAAAGUGAAGUUUGGUGAAAUUGUCACUGAAUAAAAAAUCAAAAAUCUAGUUUUUAGAGAAACUCGUGUUUUCAAACAUGCACCUGAAGUAAGAUGGAGCUUGUUGCUGUUGAAGCGACAUUAAGAACAAACUUCCCCGAUGUUUUAGGUUCAGUUGAAUUCUUACUUUCGGUCACAAACAAAAGGGUAAAGCUCGUAGAAGAGUUCUGGCCUCCUUCAGUCGAUAACUCAUCAGAUGAACAUCGCUCCUACAACCUGAUUUCCACCAGUUUGAGCCGUCCUCUGAGCUGGACGUCACAGUGUUUGCUAAGCUGGAGCAUCCGUGAAUUAUUUCACACAUGAACAGUCGGGCAGGACAGAAAAGAGACGCAGCCAAACUGCAAACUGUACUCUUCAUCUUUUCGUAAUGGUCGCACGCUCUGGAAGCUGCUGGCUGAGUCGGUUUGUUUGAAAACCUCAGAGUUUAUUUUAGAAAGUGCUCACACUCUGUUUUCACCGCCUCAGUUUCAGCUCACAGUCAAACAUGUGAAGGUUAAUGUGCAAACCGGUUGAUGUGACAUUUCCGAGUCCAGCCGACAUGUGACUGUGUGCUUUUUUAUUUCUGAAUCACUUCCUCAUAGCAGAGAAGCAGAGGUGGUGGUGACCUGUGAUAACCCGCUGCUGUGACCUGUUCCUCCCGGUCACGGUGACACGGUGUCAGACUUAAAAAAAGAGGGAAAAAGGAAAAGAGGCGCACCCGUCAGAUGGAAACCAAAAGUUACGACGUGUUAAUUUCUGUCCUCCUGAUCUCGCCACAUGAUUGGAUCUCUGGCUCAGCCUUCGGUCCUCCUGGCAGCCUGUGAUUGGCCGGGAUCCAUCGGUUUACUUGGUGACUCACUCCGCUCACACAGUGCAAAAGCACGGCCUCUUAUGGCGUGUUUCCAUGGCAACCUUUCAAGGGGGGGUCAGGCGCCAGUGAAGCACGGUGGAGCCGUUUCCUAAUAAAGCAGGUUUUAUUGUCUCUUUGUGUUUUUUUCCUCCUGUGCGAAAUGUAAACAGGACCGAAACUCAGGAGAGGAGAGGGAGCAGAGAGGAAGAGGAACUUUUCAUCCUCCUCCUCCUCCUCCUCACAUGUUGCAUUCGCUGUGCUGCUGAAGUUGAUCUAUAGUUUUACACCUUUAAACUCUUAGUUACUUAAGCCUGUUGUGAGAAUGAGGUUCGGGAUCAUAUGAAGGUCUUCCCUGGAAAAGUCUUUGUCUGGAUGGACGUAGAUGUUGCUCCUAAACCUGGAGAUAUUGUUUAAAACUGAGGAUGCAGCAUCUAUGAUUUCCAGUUCUUCGUUGAAAGGAAAACUGGACUUACUUGGGAGGCGAAAGGCGAAACGUCCCAAGUAAGUCCAGUUGUCCUUUCCAAAAGAGCGUAAGAUUUUGAUUCAUCAGACCUCAGGACAGUUCACGGAUGAGUGAUUUUAAACUCAUGCGGUGACUCCAACUACAGAGUCCUGAUGCUCCUGAACCUGAAGAUAUUGUUCAGCAUUAAAGGGAUAUUCCGGUGUAAAAUUAAUUUAGGGUCAAACACACCGUAACACCGAGUUAGACACCCCCCGAGAGAUGAAUGUUGCCGACCGCUUGUUUCUCUAGUUAUACCAACUUUGGUAACGACCGCAGGAUAGCAAUACAGAGAGCCACGCCCUCAACCAAAACGCCACUCUAUAACCACAAAUAAUGUUCAGAACAGCACCUAACUUCAUCAACAGGACAUAUAGGGUCACAGACAUAGUACUAGACUCUAGACUCUUUGCCUAAUUUCUUGUUUCACACAACUCACCCUCUCUGCCAGUCCAUUACGGACAACAGCGGGGUGCCGCAGCUCAACGAAGAACAUUUAUGAUCAUUCCUUUAUGGAAAUACAAUCAGACAGAGACGCUUUAGGUUCUUUCACACCGGGAGCGUUUUGUUCGUGCGAUUAUUUCAGACGUCAAUAUUUUUUUCGAAUCUGUAUCCUGUCAAUUUCAUUUCAUUUCAUUUAUUCUUUAUUUCAUUCCUUUAAAAAUUAAAAGAAACAAUUUAAUUUAAUUACAAACAUUCUCCUAUCUAGAAUGAAAGGGAGCAGAAAGAAGACUAAUCCUGUCAAUUCAAGCGUUCACAUCAGCGACGUUUUCCCGUCCUGCGAUAUUGCGGCAUUUAUUUUUUCGGGUCACAGUCGAUUUUUCUAAAGUUUCUCAUACUGUGUGUCCACUUCUGACCAAUCAGAUUGCAUGUUGUUGUGAUUCACCGGUAUAUCCAACAUGGCCGACUGGCUGAUUGUUUACGUGUCGGAGAACAGAGUGAUUUUUGAUAAGAGACACAAACAUUACAAAGAUAACCUGAAGGACGACUUGUGGAGAGUCUUAGUGUCGGAUUUAGAGCAGUUUAAAAAUUAUAAACAUGUUUUUUCCUCUUUUUGUGGUUUUGGACUUUUUGACCAAACUGGGACAAGAAGCAAGUUUUGAUCUGAUAAAUCGUUAAAACUUCAGGGUCGGAGUCCAACUAACGUUAAACUCAAAUUAAAUUUCCUUCUCUGAUCGCACAGAUGAUUCACUCUAACCGAUAUCUGUCACACCGGUCAUAAAGUUCCCACAAACGAUCUCAUUUUGCAUAUUUACUCGAACAACAGCAGCCAAAACCAACCCUACCUGCUGAACCACCUGAAAUUUCUCCCAAAAGCGCGGCGAUGACGGCCCGCUUCGUUGUCAUGGCUGCAGAAUGUGAAGAUUCAAAUAGAGGCAAAUAUCACACACGGCUCUGACACGCAGGAUGAGUCAUCCACAGUUAUAUCACACAUCUGUUGACUGACAACAACACUGCAAACUUGUUUUUUCUUUACCUUUAGAGGGCCACAUGAAGUUUUUAGAUUAAAACAACUUUGAUUAAACUUUAGUCAGAACCUACAUUUGUUUUUGAGUCUGUUUGUUUGUGAGUUUAUCAGGUUCAGACUUCCUGAGACCGAGUUUAAUGAGAUACUUCACUUCAGUGAGUCUGUUACCGAUAAUGAAGAAGAACAUCAGUCUCAGUCUUCUCCACUAUCGUAUGGAGAACCACAGGGAACUGUCCUAGAGCCUCUACUUCACCUGUUUUCUUAGAGACGGAUCAUAAAGAGUUUCAGAGAGACCAGAUUAUUCAUAAAGUUGGGACUUGUCUCUAAAGUGGAAAUCACUGCAUGGACUCAAACUUACUCCCAGACACUAAAGUAUAUGAACACAAAUCAUCACUGCGUUCACAGUCGGAGGCAAAGAGGAAACCGUACAUCAACAUGAUUGGCAGCCUCUCUAGACCUGAGUCCGUUACUGACAGUCCAAAUCCAGCAUCCCUGAUGGUCUGGGGAUCAUAUGUGCCCCUGGAAGGGGGAACUUCCACAUCUGUGAAGGCUUCAUUAAUUAGUGACCAUACGUCCUCUUUUACCCGAACAUGUCAUCUUUUUUGGGGGGCUGUCCAGGUUUUGUACGUAAGUUCAAGUUUGUGUCACAUGGACUUAUUGAGUUAGAAGUGUGUAAAAGACACUCGAUUGGACCUGAAAAAGUUUGUCCACAGCUCCAUAAGGAUUGCUGGCAGAGGCGGGAUUUAUGACCUAUACUGCAGCCUGUCACCAGAGGGUGCUGUUCUCACGUUGGCCUCACCCAGAGAGGAGGCAGACGGCGUCUAUUCUAUAUACAGCAGGGCCUGACCGAUAUUAAUUCUUUUGGGGCCGAUACCGAUUAUUGGGAAGGGGUGGGUGGGUUCUAAUUACUGAUUAAUCGGUCGGUUUUUUAAAUUAAAAAAGUCCUAAAAAAUAUAUAUAUAUUGCAGAUAUCUACAGUAUAUAAUAUGCUGUAGGCUACUGCUCUUCAUGCUGACAGGAAGACUGACCAAUCAAACUCGGACCAGAAAAGCAAUUUCAACAAAACCCCCGCUUUAGCUCGUAUAUUACAUGGUGCUUCACCGAUAAUUCGGCGUGACUGAGACCAGCACAUCAGGAAACAGUGUGAAGUGGGUUGAACUGAAACUUGUUGACUUAUGGUGUACUUCACAAACUUAUUCUCCGCAUUUUUUUUCUGAAAAUAUCGGCAAAAAUCGGCAAGUUUUUGCCGAUUAUGAUUUGUCUCAAACGGGCUAAAAUUGGCCGAUUUAAUGCCCUAAUAUACAGUCUAUGCUCCUAUCGGUGGGGCAUCCCCCGAACAUCUCACCAUCAGGGGGGCGUCCUGAUUAUAAGCCCGAGCCACGUCCUCUGACUCCUCUCAACGAGAUAAAUCUGAAAUAAAUCAAUUAAACAUGAUAGGAAAACAAGAUCAAGUUUUUAGUGACUCUGAUUGAUUGAAUUUGAUUUACUUUGACCUUUUACAGCCUAAAUAUGCCGCUUAAUUUCCUCUUGGAUUGUUAAUUUAUGUUUUUAAUCACCUCGGGGAAGAAGGUUUGAGAGAUUUAUGUCCAUUUUUAGAUGAUGACUUUAUCCAGGGAUGUUUUCUAAUCAGCUGUUGCCUGUUUUGUAUUUUCUCCCUCCUCUUGGACACUAAGACAGGUUGCACUGAGCAGGAGUCCGUUCCUGUGAUUUUGUUUUCAUCCAAACUUAUCUUGACUUUUGCAGGAUUUCAGCUCGUAUCAGUUCACUCAACGUGAGUUUGUAGCACAGGUUGUACUCCACAGCAAACGCUUGGGUUAUGUUUUGAAAGGUCAGAGUCUCUCGGCUGGGUUUGCGGAUUUCUUUAUUCCCUGAUGAAAUGAGCGAGAGAAUAGAAGCUGAAUUUUCACACCAGGACUCUGCGUCUCACUGCGACAAAGCGGCGCUCGGCAGAAAAGGCUUGAACACAGAAUAAAGCGAGUAGCGAAGGAGAGAGUACUCGGUGUCAAGGCUCCACUCUCAGUGUGAGGGAACACUUUGAUACCUGUGUAGGAGUUCUUUUCACCGUUUGUCCUCACCUGGUUCAGUGAUUCAGGGUUUUUCAUCAAUGCACACACUCCUGUUUUCAAACUUUCACAGCGAUCAAACUAAAGACCGUUUUCUACAUAAAUCUCUUGAUCCGAGUCCGUUCCUGACGUUCUUGUGCACAUGUUUGUGUUUGAAAGAGGAUUAUUGUCGGGUUCCGUUGUGAGUCAUGACGGCGAGCUCGGUCCUCGUUGAAUAGAGAGAUAUUUUGGGAUGUCUGGCUCUCAAGUACUGAGCUUCUCUGAGUGGUUUGCUUUUGUUUUUAAUUAUUGGAAGAUAAGUUGAUAUUCACAAAGUGUCAACUCACUGCUGUUAUAGUUUGAGAAAUUAAUUCAGUAACUUGGUGGCGCCUGUGAUGCACGAGUGGUAGUAUGACAUCGGGCUGCACGAAUCUGUUUUUUUUUUCUAUAAACUCAGGCAAGACUUGAUUUCCCAGUCGAUCUACGUGCCGAUCCUCACCUAUGGUCAUGAACUUUGGGUAAUGACCGAAAGAACAAGAUCGCAGAUACAAGCGGCUGAAAUGGGUUUCCUUCGCAGGGUGUCCGGGCUCAGCCUUAGAGAUAGGGUAAGGAGCUCGGACACUCGGGAGGAGCUCAGAGUAGAACUGCUGCUCCUCCACGUCGAGAGGAGUCAGCUGAGGUGGCUCGGGCAUCUGGUUAGGACGCCUUCUGGACGCCUCCCGUUAGAGGUGUUCCUCUAGGAGACCUUGUGGCCGGCCCAGGACCAGGUGGAGGGAUUAUAUCUCUCGCCUGGCCUGGAAGUGGCCGGGGUGAGGGCCGUCCGGGCUUCCCUCCUGAAGCUGCUGCCCCCUCGACCCAGACCCAGAUAAGUGAAAGAAUAUGAAACGCUCCUGCAGGAAGGGGGAGGAGUCUAAGUUGGCCUGGAGACACGAGACAUGAUAGAGAGAAAAAUCGAUUUGAUGAUUUUAUUUUUUCAAUUUAAUCAAAUAAUCUGAUUAGGAUUUAAAAUCGAUGAAUCGUGCAGCCCUAGUCUGACCCUCUAUCUGUCCUUGGUUUUCUCCACAUUUUCAGAGCGUUGACUCAUGUCCUUUUUAAAAUCGCUUACCCCGGCUUUAAAGGAAUCACAAUGUCGUCUCCUGUUACAGAGAGUAGAGGAAGUGACUGCGAGAAAAAUGGACUGCGGGUGUUUUCAUUUCACAGGAACACAUGAAGAUUUCCUCGUAAAGAUACUCUGUUCUGACGAAUAAUCAGUUUCUGUAUUAGCUGUCAUGACCUGCACUGAGUGACGUGUGGCCUCUUCAGCAAACAGAACAAUACGACAACCAUCCAGGAAGAAGGAUUGGACAAUUUAUGCAAGACAGACGCACAAAUACAAGCAUGGAACCCGAUCUGGAGGAGUAAAUGUAACACCUCAAUGAAAUAAUUCACGACUAAUCAAAGAUGAGGAGUUUAUCCUGCAGACAAAUUCAGGAGGUUUACUCCCGUCCAAUAAGAUCUGACGUUUUCUCUGCUGAAAGGACUCAGGGCGGGGAAAAUGUGGUCACAGUCGGACUUUUGCUGUAAAUGCAAAGACACUGUGUCCACCAGGGAGAGGAUGGUCGUGUGUCCUGCGCUUGGAAAUCCUAUUAGUCCUAUAUGAAUGCAAAUUAAUGCAACAGGCUUUACCUGCAGGACGGGAUGCAGCUGUUUAUUUCUGCCCCGAGUUUUGCCUCUCAGGAUUAAAGGCACAAGAACUCAGAAAUAAAAGACCUUUCUACAUCCAUAACAUUAAAAAAAAUACUGAUAUAUGAAGUUUGAUAUUUAAGUUCAAAUGUUAAAAGUGAGGAUUAAUCAAACUCUGACCUGUUGUUUUAUAAGUUUUUUAUAAAUUUGACUUGGCUAAAACUCCUGCAGGUACAUUUACUGAGUUUUAUUUUGAAUUAACUCGGUCUAAUAAAAACAGAACCUAACAGACCGUUAAUGUCGUUUCCUUCAGUUUCUCCUUUAAAGCUUUAUUACUGGUUUCAUUAUCCAGUAAAUGGAAGAUGACCGUGAGCAUGACUCACUAUCAGUUAUAAAAGAAACCUGUUACAGUGACCCUGCAGCACACACUGCCUUUAUGAAAGAGACAGUUUCUUAUCCUUCCUCACUGAUGAGACUUUGUUGGAAAUACACAAUUGUAUAUUCAAUUAAAGUUAGACAGAUAUGUAAAAUUAAAGCUCCUGUGAGGAAUUUGUAGCUGGUGAAAUAAAAUAUUUACAGUAGGAUGUUUUGAUGAUUUAACUGGACUAGAGAAAAGAAGUAGGGGUAUGGGUUUGUCGGCUGAGAGUGACGCCCACGCCGUGCUGUUUGGAGAGGGAGGGUGCGCUUCAUUCAACAAACAGGAUGUAACAGGUGCAACACGGGCGUCACAAUAUCAUUCAGUCUCUCUGUUUUUAUAAUCAGGAUAAAAAAGGUCACAUAAUGAAGUGAAAACCUUCACGUUUCAUGAAAUCGUUGCAGUACUUCAAGUGUCCACUAGAGGCUGUGUCCGAAAGCGAAGGACUCCUCAUUAACACUCAUGUUAAAAUGUGAUUUUUAUUUUUUUUACAGCAGAAUUAAACAUGUUUACAGUUUCAGUCCAACAAGCUCAUUUCUUUAUUCUUACUACACCAGGGUGAGUUAAAUACUCGAUUCUCAUUGGUCAGAAUCACCUUUAUUGUCAUUGUACACGGAACAACGAAGCGCCACUCCCCUUAGUGCAAAGCAAAAGUAAUAAGUACUAAAAAGAAAGCCAUUUUAAAACACAAGAUAAGGUAAGAAUCAGAAGAAACAAAAGUAAAAAUGCCGUAAUGUAAAUAUCUGUACAUUAUAAACGGUUAUUGACUUUGAACAUCGAAGCAGACGCCGGAGAAAACCUGAUCAUACAGGUCAUAUCAGGUCAAUCUGAGGUUAGAAGUUUUGGCACAUAGUGUACUUUUGUACGAUUUCACCUCUUCCUGUUGACAGUCUGACAAAAGCAUCCGUUUCCAGCAGCUUCAUCAGACGAUACAGAGAUAUAUUUACUCUAAAUUUACUGUAAAAGCUCAAAAAGUUAAAAAUUUAAGUCACUACCAGAGAGAGAAUGAUGUUAAAAGAGCUGAAGUAAACAAACCUGAGGAGACAGAUUUAUCAGGUCUAUCAAUUCUACAGAAACUAAAUCCCACAGUCUGUUUUAUGAUCAUUAUUUUUAUGAAGAGCUUUUUCAUUUAUUCAGAUUCAAAGAAAACACCGCCUUCACAGUUUUACUCCACCCUGGACUGAAACUCAACCUGAACUUUUGAUAGUUUCGUUUUGAGUGUGUUUGUGUUUUAAGAAGUGAGCCGGUAACGAACUGAAGUGAGUAUUCGUUACUACAAAUAACAAUUAUUGGUCCUAGAGCCUAACAAAUUAAAUUCUGGAUUUGUGAUGAGAAAUGAAUUUUAACUGCUCAUUUUUAUGUUUUUUACAUCUUUGAUGGAUGGUUAAAAUGUGCAGAGUUUGUUUUGAAUUAAUAUCAAGGUCCUUGUAAUAAGCAUUAAUUAACAGUUAAUAAACCACUAUUAUUAUUAGCAGCAUUUAUUCAUGGCUAACUUUGCUCCAUGCAGCUGAAUCUUACUGGAUAAAUCCUUAAAAGACUUUAAUCGUCUUGUUUUUGUCAUUUAGUUAAAGUUUAGAUCACAGCGAGGGCUUCCUAACAACAAUAAAUGUUAGUUAUGACAGUGCGCUGGGUCUUUAAGGUUACCAUGGUUACAGAGGGGCGGUGUUGUUUACCAUAGUGAAGCGAUGUGUUCCUGUAGGUGAAUCCAGGUGAAUGAAUAUCAUCAAAUCAAACCGCUGCCCCUCUCUCUCAGCCCUGUAGCCGUUGUUUUGGCGCGGCGUCGCUCUGGUUCCUGUAGUCAGUGUGAAACCUGUUUUCAGAACAUCGCUAACGUUCGCUUCGGCACGCUGGUGAUCACCGGUUAAACCACAGUCAUCAUAACCUCUCUGUUUUCCUUUCUCACUUUGACUGUGUCCUCAUUGUCAACAGUUUUUUUUAUAUAUAUAUAAUUAUGAAUAAGCGGUUCUGGUUUUGAUUCUGUUCGGUCCGAGGCGAGACGGGGAGCGCUGAGGUUGUAAAUCUGGUUACAUUAUGAUUGUGAAGUAAAACAGAAACAUCAUACGAGAGGUUUCAGUCCGAGUCAGUAACGUUUCACUCAAGAGAUGAAAAAAAAAAAAAAAAGGAGUGGAAAAAAACCUGCAGUUCCUCAGAUGUCCACUAGAGGCUGGCUCCAAACUCAGUGAUACCCCUUCAGUACCUGCACUAACUCCGGCAUAUUCAAGCUGAGGUUCUGGGUCGAUGUUGACACACUUCUGUUGAAUUUGGAAUGAAAACUGGUUUUAGUCUCCAUCCUUGUUUUGAUUUUCCCCGAUGUCCAAAGUGUUUAGAUUUCCCAGCUUCUGUGAACGCAUUGAAAUGAUAGACCGAACUUUCACCAAGGAAACAAGAAUUUUAAACAUUUUGUCUGAGUCUUAUAGAUUUGAGAGGAUCCAGUGAUUUCUCCUGGCUUCUUAAAUCUGGUUGUUUAACCCUCGAUUCCUGUUCAUUUGAAGCUCCACCCAGCCUACUUUGUCUCCAAAAUAGACAUGCAGAUAAGUACUCAUAAAAUCAUCAUUUUUUCAGCCCUGACCAUUACAAAAAUAAUAAAUACAAAAUUUGAUGUUAGACCCUUUUUAUGCCAGUUUAUGUGCACCAUGUCACUGCUAUUUUUAAUGAUAAAAUACUCAAAAUUGCCAUAUUUCCCAUAUAAAAUGACGUAGAUGAUUAUUAUUUUUUAAUUAAAGAGUCUGGGCCAUGUCAGUGAUGAGAAUUAAAACUGUUUUUGGUGAAUUUAAAUUCUUUUUGUGGUGCCAAUUUUUCGUAUCUGAAACUCCAUCCAGCCUACUUUGCCCCCAAAAUAGACAUGCAGAUAAGCAUUCAUAAAAUAACAAUUUUUCAACAUUUUUUCUGACUUUUUUUACUCAAAUCUCUCAAAUCUACAAUUUAGAGCCCUGCUGAUCGAGUGACUGCAAUAAAAAGGUUGCAAUAUGUUGUUAUGGUACCGUAAAAACACGGUCAAAAAACAGGUUUUUAAUGGAAGUCUAUUGUCUGAUUUGCGGACAAAGGAGGGUGGAGCUAAAAUGCAGCAACAGAGAACUACAGGUGACACAGAGUUUUGUUUUUUUGUUUUUUUAAUAUGAAGAAAAAUAAGAACUUUCACCAAAUUUGAUGCCCCAAUCUUUAAAACGUGACUGUCAGCUAAAAAUAAAAUGGAAAAAAUGACAAAUGUCCUCAAAACGGACGUGGUACGAACCGAGGGGUUAACAGGUAUAGGCUAUAAACAGUGUCGCACUCUGAGGUAGACUGAUGGAUUAGCCGUGUAGGUGUUGACUUCAGCUCCAGAAAACCAACAUGAAGGGGACAAAUGUCAAACAAGCUUCAGAAAACUGUUGUCCAGUUUGAGACGUCAGGAACAGGAAACGUUUCAUCUAUUAUCAACGUCUCACUUUCUGUCAGUGACCGCCGAGUGACUCAGAGAGAGAUCACGAUACGACCGCUGCUCUGACGCCAACUGUCGGGUCAGUUAGGACUCUGAACACGCCCCUAUCAGCCGUUACACGAGCGGGAUGUAAAAUCAGUGUUUUCUGCUGCAUGGGUCUGCACACCUGAGCUCUCAGUCAGAACCUCCGAUCACCACGUAGUCUGCAGAAAGAGUGGUAAACAUGCAGAUUCAAUGAAAUGAGCAGAAUCAGAAACUGUGGUUUUUUUCUCACAGCGAGGGAAUUUUAUGAACUUUCAGGGUUCAGCUGUGUGUGUGUGUGUGUGUGUGUUAGUGUGGGUGCAGAAAUCUGUUCACUCAGUCACGUUUGGGGGGCUCCCCUCACUUCACUAAAUUUUAAUCUUCAAGCUGUUUUCUCUCGACUUUAAAGCAUAAAUAUUCAUUUUCACGCUUUUGAUGUGACUGAUUGCUGUUGUCAAAACUGAGUCAAAACACACGUUUCAGAGAUAAUUAUGAAGUCAGAAAAACACUGAAACACCUCUGAGGAAGGUCAUAUUCAGAAAGAACAAAGAUUUAUUCUCUACCAGCAAGCAAAGCCGAAUUCACAAGAAGGGUUACACAAAAUUAGAAGAAUAAAUAUGAGAAUAAAGACAAAAAUUUACAGCAGAAAAAAAGUCACAAAUUUAAAGCAGAAAAGGUUGAAAAUCUGUUGGAUUAAAGUGAAAAACUCUUAAAAAUUCAGUCACAAAUCGAGUAGAAUUAAGUAAAAACCUAAUAAUGAGCAAAAGAGUCAGAGUCAAGAGAAAAAGUCCUAAAUUUAUAAAAUAAAGUUAAAAUUAAUAAGAUUUAGUUACAAAUUUAGCAAAGUGAUAAUCACUACCUACAAGAAGUCACUUAUUUUUGUGAAUAAAAGUCACAAGUUGCAAAAUUACCAGAAGAAAGUAACAAAAAUAAAACGAACUAAAAGUCAGAAAUCUGUGAGAUUUAUGUUAAAAAAGUCAAUAUGAUUUGGUCACAAAUUUAUUAAAGCAACAAAAUUACAAGAAGCAGUCACAAAUAUAUACGAGAAAAGUCAAAAACUUAUUAAAAUGAAAAAGCAAAACAAGAAAAAUGUCACAAAUUUACAGAGAAAGAGUGACAGUUAUAUGAAAGAUUUAUGAGACUCACAAAUGUAAAAGAUUUAAGUAAAAAUAUAACAAGAUUCAGUCACAAACCAAUAAAGUUAUAAAAUGAAAAUAUAACAAGCGAAGUUGUGAAUUUUCUCAGAAUAAAGUCAGAAAUAAACAGAAACAAGUCUCAAAUAUGUAAGAAAAAAAAGCCAUAAAUGUAUGGAAGGACACCAAUCGGCUGGAAUAAGGACAAAAAUUUGCAAAAUGUAAAGAAAAAGAAUUAGAACGUAACUACAAAUGAUCAUGAACAAAGUCACAAUUUUCAAAAGAAAGAGUCAAAAUUUCAAAGAUUUUAGUUACAAAUUUAUAAGAAUGAAAAAAAAAACAAAUUAACAUAAAAGAUUAAAGUUAUAAGUAAAGAAGUUACAAAUAUUUUUAAUUUAUAAACAAUAAGAGGAAAAAGUCACAAAUUAACAAAAUAAAAAGUCACAAUUUUGUAAGAAUUGGUCACAAAUUAACAAGAAAAAAAAUCACAAAUUAAAAGAAACAAAGUCACAGAUUUACGAUUAGAGUCACAAUAUGUGGGAAUAAAGUCUCUUAUUUAAAAGACUUAUAGUGAUAAAGUCACAAAUUCUCAGGAGUGAAGUCUCAAAUUUAAAAGUUUUUAUCAGUUUAAAAGAAAAAAUUCACAUUUUGUUUUGAAUUAGGUCAUAAAUUUAUUGGAUUUAUAAAUUUAUAUAUUUUUUUAAUUAAUGCAGUCUCAAAUUAUUGAUCCUUGUAAUUAUUGAACUUUUCUCCAGGGAUAUUAUUUAUCCCUGAUUUUUUUUUAUCCUCAAAGAAGAACAUUAUUAGUUCUUCUUAUCUUAUCUUAAAUUAAAAAAGGAUUAGUCACUUAUUUAUCAACACAGAGUCACAAAUUUAAAGAGGUAAAUUAACUAAUUAACAGAAAGAGAUUGACAGAUAAUAUUUGUAUCGGCUUUUUUCUCAUCUCUCUAAUCUCUUUUUUUCCCUCUAAUCUCUAAAAUCCGAGUUUCUCUUAAAUUUUCGGACCGUCUCUAACCGAUCUCAUGAUGAUUCAGUUCGGUCAGAAUGUAAGUCGCACACUCAGAAGUCUGCGUUCCUUUCACAGUCGCUGUUACUCAUCAGUCCUCUUGGAUUCAUUCACGACUAAAAACCACCACAGAGCAGUUUGGUAUCUCAGUGGUUGCCAUGUUGUUUCUGUCGCGCCGAGUAGCGACCAUAUUUGGGCGUCAUUGCGGGUGACAUCGCUGAAACUGCACUCUGGUUGACAGAUGGUUGUGAUACCAACAUGUCAACCACCACACCCAAUAUGCUUACAGAACCGAGCGCCUGUACGCACCUUACUUAUUUUUUUUCAACUUUUUGUAAAUCAUCAAAAUCGUCUCAUCUCAACAUUUUCAAACAUUUAUUUUAUUUUGAAGUUGCAGAUGUUUGUGGAAUAGUUGGAUUAUGACCCCGACUGUCAGGACUCGUCACCCCUCAUAUCAGUAUCCUGUGAAGUUUACACCUGAACGACGCAGCAGAGCGCCACAGCAGACCUCGUCUCUUUCACCUUUAGGCUCAAACUGUCUGCGCAGCGUCUUAUUUGAGAAAUAUGAUUGACAUCUCACUGAGACUCCGCCCCUGCCUGCUGCUCAUUGGUCCUGUAGGGCCCCCCAAAAAGUGAGUGUGAAGCAGAUCAGUUUCUGAGGAUGCUGUCAGUCAGUCAGUCAGUCAGAGGUUGAUGAGGAGGAGGAGGAGGAGGAGGGAGUGUUUGGGACUUUCCUCGCGCUCAGACUCCGGGUCCAUGAGGUCGGUCGAUCUUUUCUUUUUUGAUCACAAACUUGAUCUCAGUUUUAGAUUUUGUUCUGGUUUUAACUCAGAUAGUCUAAUUUUAUUCUCCUCUGCUGCUUCAUCUGUCUGUGAAUAUGUAAAUGUGUGUGUCAGCAAGUGUGUGUGUGUGUGUGAGUGAGUGUGUGAGUGUGUGUGUGUGUGUGUGUGUGUGUGUGUGUGUCAGCGAGGGUCAGACCCUGACCUCAGAUCUGUCACCAUCCUCGUCUUUCUCGCUUUUAUGAGUCACACUGUUAGAUAUGUGAGCGCUGUUAUUCAUAUCUGUACAUAUACGUGCGCAUGUUUCUGAGAUCUCUGUGUGUGUGUGUGUGUGUGUGUGUGUGUGUGUGUGUGUGUGUGUGUGUGUGUGUGUGUGUGACUCAUGUUCCUCUUUUCCAUUCACGAUCACACAAAGCCGAUGGAGAGCUGCUGUGAUCUCAGAGAGCAGAGGAGGAGAUUUUUGGGAGGGGGGGGUGAAGCUCCGAGAGCGUCUCCGCACUCUGACGGAGGAUUUCGCCCCGCCGUCCGCUGAUGCAUGCUGGGUAAAGACGGCGCUGUGAGUACUGGGAUCACACAGGUUGUUUUGUGUGUCUGCGGGCUGUUGUUCGGGGAUCAAAGUGUGUCGUCGCUGCAGGAGUGUGUUUUUGUGUGUUUUUUGAGUGUUUUUGUCCCUUGGCGGCCGAGGUGGGAGCGGGGAUUUGAGGUCAAAGGUCACACGUGUUUGUUGAGGCGUUUUUUCUCUCUUUUUACGUGUUUGAAAAUAGGGCGAUGUGCAAUCAUGCUGCAGAGUAUUUUAAUAUUAUUACAACAAAUAACAGAGUCAGGAUCAGUAUGAGGAGGUUUUUAUGGUGGACAGCAGCGAGCCCUGUGAUUGGUCAACUUGGCUGCGAACAUUUCCGGUAUCGUCACUCCUCUUCCUCUUGUCUCGUGUGCAGAAACUCAGCUCACAACAUUUAUCACCUUCGGUCGCCAUGGUUUCCGGUAAACAAACAAGGAGGUUGCAAAUCUGGGCCGGACGUGAUAUUUUUUUUGAUUGGCUAGAAAAUCUGGAAACGUCAUCACACGCAUAAGCCAAACGCGGGCUGUCUGUACAUCGAACAGAACGUUACAGAACAUUAUCGAACUUCUGAACCUCCUAACACGACAGACGAUGGAGUUUCACAGCCAUCAGGAAUAACCAAUCGGAGCCCAGCACUUCUAGCCAAUCAGAGGUAAAGGAGGGCGGGGCCUUCCACUACCAUCCCACAAAAAAAGACAAUGAGGAUUAGGGCUGGGCAAAAAACUGAAAAUUUACCGAUGCCGAAAUUUACGACAAUAAUCGACGUCAUUUUGCUCAUAUCGGUAUAUUCAGUGUCAAAAAAAUAAAUAAAUAAAAUUUGGUUUUGUUACAUUUAUUUUAAAUUUUUAUACCUUUAUUUUGAUUUUACCUUAGUCUGUACUCUCAUACAGUCAUAACUAUGAUCACUCUCAAUUUAUCAUUAUUAUAUUUAUUCAUAUUAUUUGUUUCUUUUCAGCACUUUUGGUUUUGUAAAAAUUGAGCAAAAAUUAUUUACAUUUUUACUUUUUAAUUUAAAUGAAAAAUAUCAUUAUAAAAAAGAAACAAAAAUGCGGUCCUGCGGUCGUUACUAAAGUUGGUAUAACUAGAGAAGCAAGCGGUCAACAACAUUCAUCCAUCGGGGGGGAUCUAACUCUGUGUUACGGUGGGUUUGACCCUAAAUUAAUUUUACGCCAGAAUAUCCCUUUAAGACGCUGUCCUACAUCAGAGACGUGACUCCACCCCAUCCAGUCCGUAACACAAAGGGAAAGACAGGUGAGGAGAUGGAGGACGGUUCAGAAGUUGGAGCGGCUGAAGUAGACGAAGUUAACGUGGGAGGGGGUGAGCAGCUUGUGGAGUAGUUAUCGUCUAUUUAUCGAUAUCGAGGUGAACUGAUCAAUAUAUAAUGAUAUUGAUUUGAGGCCAUAUCGCCCAGCCCUACUGAGGAUAACUGUAUGGACCAAAAUUCGACGUUAGGACUGAGACUAAAUGUGAGAGCGAAGGAUUUAAUCCGUGAAUCUUUACCAACAGGGGGCGCCAAAGUCUAGAGAAACGAAAAUCUUCACAUUUUUAGAUGCUAAAACCUUCUUGAACUGAUCCAGUAAAGGGCUUGAAGGGCUUGGUUCAUUCACAGAUGUAGACACAUACUGAGUUUAGGGUCUGUUUGUUAGUUUGUUUGUAGAGGAUAAGAUUCAUUUAUUAAACCACAGACAUCCUGGAACAGCGUCUGCAUGAGUCUUUACACUCUUAUUCGCUAAAAAAUCAACCUUACAGGACUGAAACUCAUUUUGUUCCACUCUCUCCUCUCUUCUCAUGAAGCAGCGUGAACAUUCACAGUCACUCGCACAGCAAUAAGAAAACUACUCUAAUGAGUGUCACAGAUCUGCUCGCUGUUACGUCUGACUCAUCUGUCGGGUUUUCUGCAUUCUCCACCGUCCAAACGGUCUCCUGGUGUCAUAAUGAAAACGUCAGCGCUGCAGAGAUGAGAUAGAGAGCAUAGAAGCUGACUGACAAAGAGACUCAUCCGUGUCUGGAGCUCGUACAUUUAGAACAAAAAAACCUCCCUUUUGACUUCGACUUUUGUGUUUCUGAUUCAAUUAUUAAUCAGCCGACUCUAUUUUUCAGAUAAUUCGAUUUUGAGUAGAUUGAGGGGAAGUAUCGUGCUGCAUUACCAGAAUCUUUUCUCUUGACUGUAAUUAGUCGAUAAUCAUCCAGUCAUUCAGAAACCUUUUUUUCUUUGAGUCUCAGGACUGAUACCCAAGUUUUCAUCUGUGCUUCUUACAUCCAAGUCGUCGAGUCAUUUCAAAUGAGAGCAGAAACAUUUACCCAGAGCUGCAGCCCGACAGUUUAUACAUGAUAACGGAAACGGUCAUCUGGUGCCGAUUAGAAAAUGUGACGAUGUUUAGUUAUCAAGUCGCUUAAAUGUUGGUUAUUUGAUGGUAUAAAAAUGAGUAUAACAUUAUGAUUGACAGCGCCGUCGACCAAUGAGGCUGCAGCAGAAUCAGAUACUAAAAAGAUUCGUUCAUCAAAUCACCGAAUCAUGCCGCGCUUGGCGGGAGAAGCCUGCGACUCCGACCUCCUGAGCUGGUACACGGCCGAACGGUUCAGGAUUCGGUUUCUGGGACCGAGAGACGAGAGUGUUUGUUUGUGUUUCUUUGGCAAACAGGUUUGUGAAAAUGAACUUGUUUAUAAGUCAUUUAUCAGGUAAACUGCUGCUCGGUAAAUUGGGCUCAGUGAGCGCCGUUCCCUCGCAAACCACUGCAAUGAUCGGAUGCUGCGGGUUUUAUGCACUACUUGUUUCAUGCUGUGUCCUGUUGUGUGCAAGUUUUUGUGGUGGCAAUUUAGCAGUAAAAAAAAGGUAGUUUUGUCCGACAAAAACCAUUCCAGAGAGUGAAGUUCAAUGCGUGAUUCGUUCAUCACAGGUGUCGCUGCGUGUGGUCCCUCAUUCGCCGGCUGCUCGACUAGCGAUGCUGUUUCUAACUUCAGCUCAACUCAAGUGAAAAAUGAACGAAUCACAGGAGGAAGUGAUUCGAUUCAAUACGUUCACUUAAAAGAUUUGUUUCUUUUGAACGAAUCGUUCGUGAACGACACAACAUUAGUUGUUUUGUUAUUAUUGUAGUCAGAUACAACUUCAUAAGUAAACUCCGGUACUUUCUCGAAGAACGUCCUUAUAUUAUAUGAGUAAAAUUUGUUACAUGCUGUGUCAUUAUACACUCUGAGCCACGAUUAAUAAGUCUGGUCAUGUUGGUUAUGGCGUCCCCCUGUGGACAAAGCAAUAACUUCUAAUGCUUUGUUAAUCUAGUCCUUCUGUUUUUAUUUUGAUGGGUUUUUUCGCUCUUUUACGUCACAAAAAUGCAUCAAUUUCAAUUUCAGUCUUUUUCAUUACAAACUUAAAAUUCCUCACAGGAGCUUUAAAUGUGUCCUUUUUUUGGCUCCUUCUGUUAAACUUUACAGAUUCUGGCCCCAAAAACCAUCAUCAAGGAUUUAAUUAUCGGACCAGAAGAUUUGAUGUUGUCUUUGUCGUAGCGCACUUCUCACUUUCAUAAAUAUUCUUCAAGCAUUGGAAUCAGAAUCAGAUUACUGAAAACAAAAUUUGCUUUGUAAACAGACCGGAAAUGUAGGUAUCGAACUAGAGCCUCAGCCGGAACGCUAAGAGGAGCAGUGCAUUCUGGGAAAUGUAGUAAAACCAUGAGAGCAGUUGGAGAUGCAGGUUUGAGUUCAUCUGUUUUGUGCACAAACAGAAACAGACGAUGAACAUCAUGAAUGAAAUAACAGAGAGCAGCUCUUUGCUUAGGAGUGUGUGUGUGAUCAUGUCUGUGCUAGAGUGUGUGUGUGUUAGUGUGUGUGUGUGUGUGUGUGUGUGUGUGUAAGUGUGUGUGUGUAUCACAUACCAAACACCUCUUUAUCUCCUGCCAAAACAAAUACCUACAAAGGUGAAGCUGCAGGGACGGCAGGAAGAUGUCGGUGUGUGUUUUCUGCAGAAGGAAGGAGACCUCUGUGUGUGUGUGUGUGUGUGUGUGUGUGUGUGUGUGUGUGUGUGUGUGUGUGUGUGUGUGUGUGUGUGUGUGUGUGUGUGUGUGUGUGUGUAAGUUCCUGGGGGUGGGGUGGGGGGGUCAGCUGGAGGUGUGGUCCGAUGCCAGGAAACACAUUCUUUGGCAGCGUGCAGGGCUGCUGUCAGACGGCUCAGGAACACGAUGUACGGCGCUCUGGAUGCAGAGGAAGCAAACCCUGAGAUUCACACACACACUAAUACAUAUAUACAUAUUUAUAUAUAUUUACACACACACACAGUGCUGAGGUGGCUGGCAGGAAAGGAGCUUUGUCAUAGUGCUGCGGUUACAACAUUAAGGAAGCUGUGGCGCCUUAUUUGGCGUCAGCUGUGACUGACGUCUCCCUGCAGCCAGUGGGAGCUGACUCUGCCCUCCAGGCAUUAACGCUGCAGUUACAUUACAUUUAAAGUCACUGGAGAUGUUACAGUCCCCUCAGCCAAUCAGAUGCCUUCCCUCCUCCUGGCCGCAGUCCUUGGCUGUCAAACUCGGAGGAUAAAUGUCUGCGAGUCCAAGGGCAACAGGAACAACGCUCCCACUGUGCCGCUCUGUUUCAGGGCCGCUGAGCUCCCUGCUGGCCUGGUUCUCCUCCGCCGGCUGUCAAUCACUCUGCAGGUUCGAGCCUCAGUGUGGGGAAGCAGUGGCCGGCGGCGGCAGGCAGAGAUGGGUGGCUUUACAUCCGGUCUGUCAGUAUCCUGCUGGGUGAUUUAUACCGGUUAUAUGUUGGAGAAAAUGAAACAUCAUGUCGUUUUAAAGUUCAGUUUUUUGCUUCUUGAAGCUCCUGUGUGGAACUUUCAAUCUGUGUUGACUUUGGCGCCCCCUGUGGACAAAAUGGUCAUCAAUAGAUCAUUCCUGAUCGCUUCAUGAUUGUGAAUAUGGUGUUUCUCACUACAACAUCUCCUCCUGUUGUCUUUCACAGCCAAACUUACCUCUCACUGUGAAUAUUUUCCUGCAGCAGAUUUUCUCCCCGCACAAAUUAAACUCAAGAAUUAGUUUUCUACGUUUUGCUCGACCUGCUCCUCUCUGAUACUUUGUUUUGCUGCAGCACAACAUGUUGAAAAUACUCCACACCUUGACUAACUUUUGCUGCAUCCUAACUUCUCGUGCCCCCAGACUUUGUUGCACGUUUCCUCGAGCUCGUAAUGACGCAGUGAAAGUGAGAUCUGUUCGUGUGGAGGGACAGAACAUGCUCUGCAGUGAAGGAGGACAAAAACGAGAGCAAAACUCCGAGACAUCCAGUCAUAAUCGUGAUUGAUCGGUCUGCAGCUCUUAUCUGAUCCGCUUUGUGAAUCCCAUAAUCAAGUAAUUUCUAAUCUUUAAUCUUUAAUUUAUGCAAAAUUAAAGUCCCGCUGAUCUAUUUUCAGUCUAAUAUGACAAUGCCAGUAAGUGUUUCACCCCCGAAAGUGAUAGAUUACACACUUUGGUGGAAAUGCAAACAAAAAGCCCGUAAAGUUUUUGCAAAAAUUACUCAGCAAGUCGGCACUUUUAGGAAGAAAAUGAGUGUAGUGUGAUGAUAGCAGAGUACGGUGGUGAGUCAGGGGUUUCUGAUUGAUUCAUGGAGGUGAAACUGAAGUGAAAGUGCCGGUUAGUGACACACUUUCAGCUUCAUGAGCAGCCUCUAGUGUUCAGAAGAGGUAAGUGCAGUUUGUAAUGUUAUUCAACGGCAGCUUUAAUGCUUUGAGAAAGUUGUGAGGAAGUUCAGGCGUAUCUAAAGCAGGAAAUUCAGUUUGUCCACAAGGGGGCGAUGAGUCUGCAGCUUCAUUAAGAGUUAAUGGAAUUGAAUCCAUGUAAUCCAAUGGGUCCUGUGUGUGACUGACAUAUGAAACAGCGUGAUAUUGAUCGUUCUGCACAAACACAGGCAAACAUUAAUUAAGGCCAUUACAAGCUCAUGAUCGCGGCUGCAGCGGUGUCAUUUCCCAUGAUGCACUCUUGGGAGGCUCAGCAGCUGUUAGUAAUGAAACAUGUGUGGAUGCUAAUUUGUGACACUUCCUGCAGCUCGAGCGGGGAACAGGAGUGUACGGCAGAUGUUACAACAGAGAGGAAAGAGAAGACAAUAAAAGAUGAGAGAGAGUUUUUGGUCGGGCCAGACUCACUGCUGAUCAGAUCUGAGUGGGUCCUCUGGUGCUCCUGAGUCUGACAGACUCUGAUCAGUGUCUGCGGGACUGGAACCCCAACCAGAAGACCAGAAAGCAGGAGACUUAAAGGUGGGGUAGUCAGGAUGUGAGGAAGUUCCAGUUUUUAGGAGAAAUCUUGAAUGUAAACUCUACCCCUCCCAACCAGUUUUCCCCUCAGCUCCUCCUCUCCCCUCCCUCUCUUAAGCCCCGCCCACAAACAGACGCUCCUGCUCGCUCGUAUCGUUCCAAUUAAAUUCAGAUAUAAUGCAGAUAAACACUUCAGAUCAUUACAAAUGGGGCCCAGUCAAGGUGAAAGUCAAAAGCAUUGGUGCUACUGUAGAUGCCAACAGACUACCAGCAAACACAAUGUUUGCAGGACUUCUACAACGAGGAUAAAGUGACAUAGUCCAGGACCCGAGGGAGGACAGUUUAGCGAUGGCGCUACAACACGCUACAGCAGGUCCGUUUGACAAGAAACACUUCUGUUAUAGACACUUGUCUUACUUUGUUAAAGCGGUUUACCUGUCCAGCAGAAAGGUUACAGGGUCACCAAGAUCCCCAAGCGUCCCCCAUCGUUUAUGUUGAGCCGGCUUUUUAGCUCUUGUCCGGUCUACCUCCGUUUUAAGCGCCCGUUAUUCCUCCAGAGUCUCCGGUAUUUACUUUGUUUUCUUGCUUGUGUCGGCAGUCGUGGCCAAAGGAGGAUUCAGACAAUUUUCCGAACUUUCUGGUUGGUUUCUACUGUCCGAUAUUGUAGCACGCUAACUUUGUUUGGGCUCAUGAACGACACGGGGGAGCAGCGUCUGCCUCACAACCAAUCAGGUUAGAGGAGGUGGAGAAUGGCUUUUUUAUAUAACACUAUUAUAAAACGUUUUUAUAAAUAUACCUCAAAAAAGAUGCUUCUUUAACAAAAUCCUGCCUACUUCACCUUUACCAUAGUUAGAGUUGAAGGUUGUUUUCUGUACUCUUCUAGUCCUCUAGAGAGAUUUGAGUCACACUUUUACUUCAAACUCCUCAAACUCGUCUUAUUAUGUGUUUCCUGAAAAGUUCUGCUGGAUUCUUGUCAUAAAGUUUUCUGGUCAAAAAUCAUCCUGAGAUCCCAACGCCGGCGCUCCAGAUGGCUGUGGAGGUCAUGAAAGGAGCAGCGAGCCAAAUCACACAUCAAUCUGGCCUGUUGCUGCUGUCAAUAUUUUGCUUUGGGAUGAAGGACUGGCAGGACAUUUUUUGGAUCUGACGUAGAUCUAUCUUGGCGAAAAAAAGCACAUUACAAAAAAAAAUAAAUCUAUUUAAAGUUGUUCUUUUCUUUUCUGGUCUGAAACGUAGAUGCUGUUAAAGCCACCCAAAAGUUAGCAGAGCAUUUAGAGCUCCCCCUACUGACCGGCUGCAGUAUAGGUCUGAAAGUUCGCCUCCUCCUCAUCAUGCUGAUUCAUGUCCAACACUAUGAUUGACAGCUGUGUUGACCAAUGAGGCUACUGCAGGGCUGUGUGCACCAGGUUAUCAAGAACAAAAGCAAAAGUAUGAAACACAAACACAAGAGUGAUUUAACUUUCUAUAACUGUGUUUUUAUUUAAACUUUUAUAAACAAUCAAUUUUGUUAAUUUUUAUACUGCCCCCUCUUGGUCAUAUGGUGACACUGGUAUAUAAGUUCCCUUAUAAAUGUUGAAUUCAGUCAGACUACUGCUGCUUAUUGCUCUGCAUGUCAUGUGUCAAUGUGUUUGUUAGCGUAGCUGCAAGCUAGCGGCUAGCAGUAUGACUAAGCAUAUUUUUGUUUUGCAUAUUGUGGUCCUAUUUGUGCCUUUGCGUUCAGAUCACUGCGCUUCAUUUAGACGUAUGUUUAUAAUUUUAACAUAUUUCUGGCCCAUAUAAAGCCUGUAACGAUCACAAACAGGAGUUAGCUUAACGUUAGCUGCUGCCAUAAACCAACGUCUUAAUAACGUCUUUUUAUUGAGAGAAUAACGACAAACUUCUUCGACAAUGCGGAGUAAAUCAGUUAAUCGUAGGUAUCACUUUAAGGCUAAUGGUGCGAUCGAGUUACCUCGGAAGUCAGAUGUCGGAGCUGUGAAUGACGUCACACCCGAGUUAGCAUCGUUUCAGUUACAAAGUCGGAGGCGGAAACAAUAUGGCUACAUCUACAAAAGUUAUUUUAGCGCUUGUCUUGUCCGAGUAUAAGUAACAUCUGGACAAUAAGCGGUCCUUCUGCGACAUGCAACCACGGUGGAUGAAGAGGAAACACAAGGAAACACAGGUGCAGAAAUUAGCCUAUUUUUUUCUUUUUAAUUUUUUCAUUUUUUACAAAAAGUAUCUAUUGCCGUUUGAUCGGUCAUCAGUUAUAAACUGGCGAGUGCUCUUCGCAACUCCAUACACGCGGUUUGUCAAUUAUAAGUUGAAAUAAACAAAACAAAACAAAGAAAAACACCGGCUGAAAUAAACAGGCUACGGUUAGCUGUUGUUAGCCACUGUUAGCACUGUUUGUAGUUUCCAUAUACACAUGAAAAAUGUAAAUUACACCAUGACAGCAUUUCCAUAUAUAUUCAUCUGAUAAUACUUUUGUAGCCCGAGCCUCAGGCUGACUUACUGCGACAAAAAAUAAUGAAAAGCGUUAAUAAAAAGGAUCAUAACAGGAGCUUCAACUUACAGUUUACAGCCGGCGCCGCCAUCUUUAAAUGUCAAUUCGAGGGCUGUGUUGAUCGUCCGACUUUCCGAGUGGGAAAUCCAACCUCGACGUUCGUUCCAGUUGAAAGUUCCGACUCGGAGCUCGUAAAUUCCUACCUCUGAGAACAACUGGAACGCACCAUACGUGUUUCAAAUAGCUAGUGUAGCUGUAAGCUAGCGGCUAACAGUAUGACUCAGCGUUUCUGUGAAUUUAUGGUCCCAUUUGGUUUCUGAAUGCCUGUCUUUGUUGAUUUGUGCGUUAUUAGAGUUUAGAAGGUGUAAACUCUUUAUUUAAUGCUCUAUUUAACACAAUAGUCGACUUUUUGAUUGAAUAAAAACAUCUCAAAUCACUGCAGCUCAGGCCUGAGGCAGGGGUGCGGACUGAUGAAAGUGACGACGUUCACUCGUUUAUGCGACUGAAUGUGAACAUCUGUGGUUUAAAGUCACACCGAAUAACUGUAAAAACUGUCGGUGGCAGUUGUCACAGGCAGAGAUGGAUCUGGUAUGACAGAGGCAUUGUGGGAGUAGAGAUCUGAAGAGAAGUGCAGAUAGAAAUUUCUGUUGAUCAGAUUGCAGCCAGCUCGCUCGUGUGUGUGUGUGUUUGAGUAAUUCAUGGCUUCAUUUCUCGCCUUGAGAGUGUCUAUGGAUGCUGAAUGGCAUUUAUGUAACGUCUCUCUCUCCCUUGCUGUGUGAGUUUUUUUAUUUUUCUCCUCUGGGACUGCGAGGCUGGCUGGCUGGCUGGCUGGCUGUUGCUCUCCAGGGGCAGGCGGUAGAGAGAUGCUGUCCAUCUCUCAGGGACUUAUGUAACCAUGUGCUCUCUCGCUCUCUCUCUCUCUCCUCCUCAGGAUUCGGUGGAAGUUAAUGUAUGCAGCAGAUGACUCUGAGCUCCAAAUUAGCACGGAGGACUGGGAUGACGCACUUCUGACAAAAAGGUCUGAAUUUAUCUGCUUGUUUUCUUGUGUCGUACUCUUAAUACCUCUUUGUGCGGCUCCCCUCCUGACCACAUUGUUUACCCCACUACGGCACGAGAAGAAUGCAUGUGUGGGCGAGCGGCGUGAUCCUACCUGUUAUAAAAGGUGCCGUGUGUGUGUGUGUGUGUGUGUGUGUGUGUUUUCUGGCCCUUACACACUGUGCCACUCCCUCUCGCUGUGAACUUUGCCUCCUUACAACACUGUGUGGCCUUUACAGCUCUGUCCCCUUGUGUGGUUGUUGUGCGUGUUUUCUGCCUGAUUGUGAUGAAUGAAGGCCGUGCCGGACGUGAAAUAAAAAAGGAGGGAGAUAAAAAGAAGGAGGACGAGUGAAAGGAGGAAACGAGGAGAAUGAGGCUCAUUGUGUCUGAUUGGAGAGUGUGUUUGCGGAGGUGUUUGUUUGAUCGGAGUCUGAAUCUUUUCAAAUGAACCAACAAGUGUCAAACCUUCAUUUUUAACCUUUUAAUACAGAUCAGAAAAACAGAUGAAGCUUCCACUAAAACGACAAGUUUCAUUUCCAUAUUUUAUAAUAUAUCCGUUCAUUCAUAUUGUGUAUUUGGAGCCCAGAUGUUAUUAACAAGAACCCUGUCACCCUUACUUCUGCGCUCAGUACAUCCCCUGUAGUGGCGCCUGUUCACCUGUUUCAGGUGGGUCUCAGUUUCUCUGUAAAAAGUAACUCCAAUACUUACUUUGGUGGUAGAAACCUGCAUUAUUUUACACGUGUUGUUCUGUUUGUAAAAAAGAAGUUAAUCAAACUCUGGUAUGAACCAAAUGAUUGAACUGAUGUCUCUGAUGAAAAGUUUUUUUAACGCACAAACAAAAAAUCUGUUUUCUUCAACUUUACCUUUUUAACGACCUGCUGUAACGAAGAGGUGAGGGCGCUCAGCAGUGAUAGAGACUCAGUGAGGAUGGGAAUUGUUAAGAAUUUAGCGAUUCUGAUUCCAUUAUCGAUACGAUUCCUUAUCAAAUGGACUUGUUUGCAUUAACUCUUUAAUAUUGUCACUUUCUGACAGUAGAUAUGUCAUAUAUUAACUAUUAAUUAGUCAUGUGACCUACCUUUUGACCACAAAUCUGCUCACAGCUCGGUGACAUUCGUUUAUCUUCACCUUUGUCAUUUUACUCUUCCCCGCCUCGAUGAACGGGGCCGCCAAAGGUGCGCGAGAGCUACCGGCUGCAGACUCUGGUAGUCAUCAUCAUCUAAAUGUCAUUUAAGGAAAUGGAGAGUAUUUGUAUCGUGAAAGGGGGUUAAUAUGGCGCUAACAUCUACACAACAGACAGGACCUGGAGGAGUUCAACGUUACCUUGAUGACGCCAAGACGUUGGUACCAGUCUCGCCUUCACUAAGUAGCGUAUCAAACACGUUACACUUCUGCAAAUUAAUAGCAUGCUGGGUGGACGAAUGUUUCCCCCUUCGACGAAGUUAAAGCUUUACAAGAGUGGCAGGUAGCCCCGGUAUCAUCUUUUUGCGUGAAAUACAACCAAACUCUGGAGUGUUUUUGCCGCGACACCAUGCUGGAAAGUUCUGAACCGAAACACACUCUUGCGUAGAGACGUAAGAGGAACCGAUAAGCAGAUAAGUCCACCACUGCAUGGGUUUAAUGUUAUAAAUGCUGCUGAAGAUGACAAACUGAUGCUCCUAGAAUACGAUGGAAACAUCUUUGGAAACUGUCAGGGGUUCGAGGAAGUACAAAAUUCGGCGAAGGAGGAAAAGUAUUCCUAGAUAGAGUUUCAGAUCUUGUCCUGGUGUUUUUCGUGAUGUGGAAGUUUUUAAAUAGGACCUGUAUGUUUUGGUUUUAACAAACAAUCAGUUUUAUUUCCUGUUAAACGUCUGUAUGAGUGUUUUUGUGUUGUCAAAUGUUGUAACCAUGAACCUUGUUGCAGUUAUUUCCCAGUUCAGUCUAAAAACCUUGAAUUUCAGUGGAUUUCUUCAGACUUACAUACAUCUGUCUUUAAAAACUUUGCGUAUUUGUUACUUUAAUUUAAAAAAAAAAUCAUCUGAUGACGUGUAAACAGUCGUCCGUGCGUGUGUGCUCAGCAGAGACGUGUUGUCUACUAACUGAGUUUGUCGUUGGACUGAUCCAGUGACAGCUGUUCGCCACUUCCUCAACAUGCAGAGAGAGAGAGAGUACCUGGCAGGGUGCGUUUGAUUUAUCAUUCCUGGUCGGCCUUGUUUGUUUAAUAGCUGCUCCAGAUCCUGUCUAUGUGCUGUUUGUCAAACAACAGGAGGAUUAGUGGAAUAACUGUAGAGGGGGAACGUCUGGGUCCUGGUGGUCUUAUUUGUGUCUGUAGUCUGAGCUCAUCAGGAUUUAGUGACACUAAGUUACUCUGAAACUGAUUUUCUUUGACUUGACCACAGAAGUUGCAGUCGGUGACUUAGACAGACGAUAGAUGAUGCAGAAGUAGGUGAAGGUUCAGAGGGGUGGUCACACAAACACACACCCACACACACACACACACACACACACACACACACACAGAGGGCCAGUGUUGACGCAUAAUGAUUAAUAUGCUCAGAGUGUGUGUGGGCGUGUGUGUGUGUACAAAUUGCCCCAUGGUGGUUUUUCCCGCCAUCGAAACUGAAGGUACUUCUCUGAAUUCUUAAAAUCUAACUCACUUCCUGUUUUGAACCAGCACCUGUCACACACACACACACACACACAUAGACACACACAAACACACACACAGUGCUAAACCACAGGCAUGGUUUUUCUGUCUUGUGUGUUUUUCUUCAUGAAGUGUUUCGUGGUUUGGGUGGGGGACGGGUUAGGGGGGCUUUCUACUCGGUUUUCUGCUGGUUGUGAGUCAGGGCUGGUAUGAUGACACUUUUAAUAGAGUUACAGGAUGAAUGACGGUGCAAACUCACACACGUGGCCAUGAACUGUGCGCUGGACUCGGUCAUAAACAGUCUGACGGGGAAGAGGACGGACUGGAAGAGCCUGGAGUUCGGCUUCUUUCCCCCGUUUUCGCUCUCUUGAGUGAACAGCAGAUGAAGUGGGCACCUUACGAGCUUUCUUAUGUAAGUUGUUGACGUGUUUGUUUGAUUUAUUACUUUAGUAGUUCUUCUGUUUCACCGUUAGCUUUAGUUAAAGUGAAAUCUGUAACCCAAAUUAGCUUUAUUUGCUCUCUCCUCAUUUGUGGAUGCUGCAUUUGGGAUUUGCGCCGCCUUUAUUUAACCCUCGGUUCCUCCUCUGUCCGUUUUGAGGACGUUUGUCGUCUUUAUUUUGAGCUGACGGUCACAUUUUUAAAGAUUGGGGCAUCAAAUUUGGUGAGCGUUCUUAAAAAACUCUGUGUCACCUCUAGUUCUCCGUCGCCACAUUUUAGCUCCACCCACCCUCCUUAGUCCACAAAUCAGCCAAUAGACUUCCAUUAAAAACAGGUUUUUUGACCAUGUGUUUACGUCACCAUAACAACAUAUUACAACCUUCUUUCUGCAGUCAGUCGAUCAGCAGGGCUCUAAAUUUGACAACAGACUGAGCCGCACAUCAUUUUAAUUCUUCAAGUCUUCAUUCAUGGACUGAGAGAGUUUGAAGAUUCAUCCACUAAACAUCAUCAGAAAUGAAGGAAACUUUACAUGACACUAGAUAUGGAUGUCUAAGAGUGGGACAUGUGUGGAAGGAGAAGGCUGUGUGUCACUUUAGAGUGAGUGGAUGGACAUGCAUGAGGAUGAACAGGUCCUUCAGAUCAUUAGAUGAGAAGAUAUCACAUCUCAAAUAUGCAGUUAUUUUUUAUAUGUGCACAGUCACAGUAAUCACGGUCAUAUUUUGGUUAGAGGAGGAUAAACACUUAUAAAUGAUUCCUGUCUUACAUAUAUCUUCUGAUUUUAUAUGACUAUAUGUAAAAUUAAUUUAAUAUGAAAAAAUUAAUUUGAUCGUAUUUGAUUUGGUAGAGAACGAGGCUCGAGAAAAGGAGGUGAAGUUGGCGUGUUUUUCCGCUCCAAUAGACUCGGCUGUUCAGAACAAACACUUUAUCAAUAAAUAUGUCACGGUGAACAAAAACCGACAUAAAAAGAGUAAUACAUCAAAUUUUUUGUUCAUUAUUUAUUUAAUGAUCAGGGCUAAAGUUGCUUAAGACAUUUGAGUAAAAAAAAAAGUAUAAAAAUGAUUAUUUUAUCAACACUUAUCUGCAUGUCCGUUUUGGGGACAAAGUCAGCUGGAUGGAGCUUCAAAUUAACAUGAACCGAGGGUUUAGAGUCAUUAACAAAAUCUGUAGAUAUGUUUUUGGUGCUGUAAAGUAGUAGAAAGGCUCUACAUGCUCCUCAGUUUGAAAAAAAUAUGAUAUCAUGUACAUGUAACAGUCAACGAUCCUUGAGUCUUCAACCUUAGACACCCUCAAUCAAACACACACCUCAGCACAUUUACCUGUGAUUUAAACCAGGAAUCAAAACAGGUUCAGUAUCUGUCUAAUUUUAAAGGAAGACACAGUUUAUAAAGUUAUAAAAAAUAAUUAAAGAUUUUUGUAUUUUAACUUGAGUUGAUCUAAAACAGUGCGCCUGACAACAUUAACUUCAUAGUCCCUGUUGCAAACUCCUCUUUCUUCUUGCUCUCUAACUUACACACACACACACACACACACACACACACACACACAUCUUGCUCUCUUCAUUCCUUUGCCUCGCUCUCCUUCAAACACCGUGUCGUUGACUCAGCACUUUCCCUCCUGUGUUUCUCGACCGUUCCUGGAAUCCGACCAGGUUUUGUGAACGGCUGUAAGGGGAGGGCGUGGCACUGCUGUACCUUUGCCCUGCACUGCAACACGUUUAUAAGUGCCAAUGUGCACACACACUUACACACACACACACACACACACACACACACACACAAAUCUCACAGCGUCAUUCAGCAGGUAGGGACCUCUGCAUUGCUGUUCUGCUCCACUUUGUUGUAGCUGUACUUUGUGUGUUUACAUGCUCUCAUUUAACCUACUUUCACUCUUUAACAAAUGAAUGCGCAUCUACGUCAUGACCCCGAAACUGACGUAGAAAGACACGCACAUGCAGGUGUGUGUGUGCGGGUAUUGUCCUCUGGUUUAGCCUACUUUCUAGGACACUUAAUCAGGAAACCAGUAAAUUGAGAACCAUUGUCGAAUGAAGAAAAAAACACCUUUCAUAGAUGAAUCCGCUUUAAUAUCAUGUACCCAGAAAUGAUGCAAGGAAACACGUGUGUAUGAUGGAUCCUGAUUUAAUAUGGGACAUUAAGUAUUGGGGACAAAAGCUGCAUUAAGGUUUGUGUAAAAGCCAAGUCAACAAAUGUAUGUCUAUGUAACGUCCCCCCAAAAUAAUGUUAUUAGGGUUUUUGUGUGUUUGUGUUCUGGUUUAUCUCACUUUCAGGGACGCCACAUCAAAUGUGCAGCUAAUUUCGUGGGGACUGUGGCCCAGUUUGUGGCAAAGCUGUUAGAAGAGGGUCAGUCUCCAAGAAACAAAAGUGCUGCGAUGUAAUGUCCUUAAAUGUUUUGUAGGAAGAUGCGUGUGCAGAUGUUUGUGUGUGCGCUUGCAUUCUGAUAUAGCCUUCAUUUAGGGACGCUGCGACUCGAAACAGGCCAGUUACUUACUAGCGGUAAAGCUAUUUGAAGGGCAGGAUAAGUGUUUUGAAACUAAUUUACAUAUUCAUUCUGUCUCCAAAAUUGGAAAAUAAAAACAAAAACUGUGUGUGCAUGUGUAUGGGUAAGUGUUCUAAUUUAGCCUACUUAUAGGGACACUUGAGGGGAAAAAAGGGCAGUUAAUUGGGGACCGCAACUUAGGACAGGAUAUUUGGCGGGGUAACUUUCUAGCAAAGUAAUGUAAGUAAUGUUCCCUGGAUAUGAUGUAAGAGUGCAUGUGUGUUUUUGUGUGAGUAUGUGUGUGUGUUUUUGUGUGAGUAUGUGUGUAAACAGGGGGCCCCAUUCUGUCAGAAGGUGAAUCUCUGCAGGGGGUUAAAAAGAGUUCAGCCUCAUUAGCGAGAAACCUGCUCAUCGCUCAGGUCACACGUGUGCACUCUCCCUCUCUGUUUUACACACACACACUCAUAAAGGUUGGACCAAGGUGUGUGUGUGUGUGUGUGUGUGUGUGUGUGUGUGUGUGUGUGUGUGUGUGUGUGAGAGUUUGCCACCAUGGAUCACGCUCUCUAAUUGGAGGCACUGCUCCUGUUCUGCCCUCACCUUCUCAGAGCAGCUGUAUUUAUGUUUACUGCUGUGACCCAGAUACUUCCGCUGCACAUCAGAGAUUGAUCACUGUGGUCCCUUUAAAGGGGUAGUUCGCCCAAAACUGCAAUGACACAUAUCCUACCUUGCUGUUGAAUCUACCUACAAAUGGCUGACAGUGAAUGAGCAGGUUAGCCGAUAAAUGGUCAUGUUGUUGGUUAAUUUUUUUAGUAUUUGAUACAGAACAACAAUUUAACAACACUGACAAGUUAGAAACAGGAUUGCUGAACUUGAAAAAGCAUUUUUUAAUAAAUGGAGACUGUAAAACAAAAAUACUCAGCUCAAUGAGGGACUUUUAGAUCUCAGAAAUAAUAUUAAACUGCUUUCUUAACACUUAGAACUCCGCUGGAUUGCCAGCGAUCCCACGUGAUGCCAUUAAUAUUGUUUACAGUUUCUCGGGGACUAUACCGUGUAUGUCUAUGGGAUGAAAAGUGUUCAAAAGCUUACCCUUUUGGCGAUCUAUCGAGGGUUUCCAGACAGACAAAGAUUUACAAUCCAGCCACAAAAACAGGUGUUUGAUCAGAGACGUUUGAUAGUAAAUCCGCAGUGAUACACCAGUGAAAACAGGAUUAUUUAUGCCGCUAAUGUCUUCCAGGUUUGACGAGCUGUUUUAGAGCAAAGUACUGUAGGUAUUUUGUUUUUUGGUUGACUUUGAUGAUUUUGAAUCUACUGUCACAUUUAUUUUACAUAAUUUUUGCUCCAUAAACUGAGAGCUGAGGUUGUCCUGAAAAAAAAAAGAUGUGUUUAUAUUUGCUGUGCUUGAAAGGAUCAAGUUGAAACAUAGAUUGCAGACCAAAAAUAGCAAACUAUAGCUGGGAGUUUUAAGGGUUAAACUUCAUGACACUUUUUACAUCCAAUAUAAGCCGGUAGCUGUUUUAGAGUUGUGACGUUGGCCUUUACUGAUCUGAUUCUGCUUUUUUCCAAAUCAGUCAGCCGAUUUAUUGGUCUGUCUCUAACCAUUUGUAUUAAAGACUUUUUAAGUUUUCCUCUCUCACUGUCAUGCCUGCGAAGGCUACAAAGACUCUUCAGUGGCUGUCGGUGUAAACAAGUAUACCGUCCUUGACCUCUGACCUGUCAGAGCUGGGGGGAAUAAGGGUUCAAAGUCAAGAGAGAAAAUUCUCCUUAUUGUUGUGACACUCAGCAGUUGAGUGUGACGUUGAUAAAGUCUGAGACCCCGCAGGGAGGCCAUGUGAACGGCGUUUGCUUUCCCACAAUGCUGUGUGUGUACAGAGAGAGGGUGGCAGCGAUGGGUGUGUGUUCGGGGGGGAGGUGGGGGGGUUAUUGCAGCCACUCGAACAGAACUGCUCUUUGCCGCUGGCAUCGCCAUGGAGACCAGGCCCUUUUUAUAGAGUCCCUCUGCUGCUCUCAUUCUUCGGCUGUUUACCAUUCAGUUCAUAUGUUGGAGGCUGACAGAGCAAUUUACAGCCAGAGGAAAUGUGACUUUUUUUUCUUCUUAUUUGACUACAGAGUGAAAACAGUUUGUGUGUGAUCCUGCAGAGCAGAGGCGAGACAUGAACACUGCCAGGUUUGUCAGUUCAAUUCCAAAGAAACAGCCACGAGAAGUUUAUCUUUUCCAGGCCCAGCAGCUGUAAACUCAUUUAAUCAGAUUAAGAUAAUCAGAUUAGAUCGAAUCUCCACAGCAGGUUGUUGAAGUAGAAAAAGAAAGAUAAGAAAACUUGUGUGGUUGGAAACUUGUGAAGGAUUUGGAUGACUUAAAGAUGAAAACAAAGAGUGAGUUCAUGAGAGACAGAAGACAGGAGUGCCACAAAGUGUUGUUCACAACAAAAUACUGUUGUGUUUACAAUCAUCUGUUUAAAAAAGAACAAUAUGAUGUUUUUAUCACAGUAAAAUCCACUCGCUUCGUGAGACAGGGGGCUAUAAAACUGUCAGUUUCUGGAUCCAGUCCAUCAAAAACAAAGAUCAUCUGUAGCGGUUUAUGUAUAAAGGUCCUUACACACCGGGAACGAUGCAAAUAUACGAAGCAAAAUUACGAAUUUUGACGUGCCUGAGUAUACACAUCAAGCCCGAUGCGAUUUUGCUACUGUUCGGGGGGAAAAAAGACACGUCCCGGGUGGAAGCGAGAAGACUGACCCAACAGCAGACUGAGUGUUUUUCAGUUCACAUGAAACUAUAAUCCAUAAACGUAAGGUAACAACCGAGACCUAAUGGUGCUGUGACAGCAUUGCUGUGAUUGAGUUUGAGUUUACGGUGAAAAUACAUAUGGUAUCUUGUAUCUGAACAGGUUAGCUUACGAGCUAAAGUUACUUAGCACAGAUGAAAGUGAAAACAAAGACGUUUAUCAAACUGUUAAAGCUCACAAACCAUCGUCAUAUGAGAAAUCUGACACUAUGACUCUCCACAAGUCGUCCUUCAGGUCGUUAUCUUUGUAAUGUUUGUGUCUUUUAUCAAAAAUCACUCUGUUCUCCGACACGUAAACAAUCAGCCGGUCGGCCAUGUUGGAUAUACCGGUGAAUCAGAUGUCGCAACAACACAAAAUCUGAUUGGUCAGAGGUGGACACACAGUAUGCAAAACUUUAGAAAAUUUAACCAUGAUACCAAAAACUAAAUGCCGCAAUAUCGCAGGACGGGAAAACGUCGCUGAUGUGAACGCUUGUAUUGACAGGAUACGGGUUCUAAAAAAAUUAUUGAAGUCCGAAAUAAUCGCACGAAAAAACGCUCCCGGUUUGAAAGGACCUUAAGAGUGUCAUCCAAGCUUGUAAGAUUAUGUGCGUGUAUUAUAAUGCAGAUCAAGAUGAUCAGGGUGUGUUUUUUGAAACUUUGCCUCCCUUCACAGUUGUUCCUACCCCAAUCCUGCUUUAGAAAUCAAGUCAGGUUUUCAUAUGCGGCUCUAAACGUGUUUAAUCCUGCUGUAAAGUUGGAGAUUUUAACAUGAGGCUCUAUGGCCAUGAAUUCACUUUUGAGCCAGCCCCAAGUGGCCAAGUGAGGAACUGCAGUUUCUUAAAACUCCUCAUCUUUCAGCCUUGGAGGUCGCUGCGUGGUUCAUCCUGGAGUCACAGACAUGAUAAUAUAGAAACAGAAAGAGGGAAAGCUUUGCCAAACGCACACACACACACACACACACACACACACACUGGGGAUGACGCACACACACAUGCACAGUCACACCCACUGUGUGCGUACACAUGUAAAAGAUCCAGAGUCUGCUCGCACGUGGGUGUGUGCUUCCUCCUCUGCUCACAUUUUUUGACUUGUUACAGAGACACACCCACCUGGUUUUGUAGGACAGGACACACAGAAGAGGAGGGAGAGACGAGUGUUACUCUGUCACUGUCAGGACACACGAGAAGCAGGAACUCACGGCUCAGCUGAUGGAUGAUUUAAGAUUUAAGCUGAAAGUCAGAUCAGAGGAGCAGGAAACACUGUUUGAUGGUGCUGUGAUUGUUCACAGACUCUGAGGGAGAAAGGAGGAUUUUCUUGUAAAUGUUAGUCAUGGAGGAAAACUUGGAAGAGCAGAAGGAGAAAAGGAGAACACGCUGAUCUACACACACGACACAGGAGACGGUGAGUAAUAGAACAAAUCUCUGAUGGUAUAUAUUUAUAUAGAGGUGGCUUUUGGCUUAUGAACAGGACUGUAUAUGUAAGUGGGUGUGUGAAAGUGGGUGUGUGUAUCACGACUGCGCCAUGCAGCACCCGCCUGGGUUUGUUUACCUGCCUGUGUGCUUUCCCACAUGAACUCACGUCAGAGGAAGGUAACCCGAUCCGCUGGGCUCGGCGUGAUCCGCCCCUCCUGCCAGGUGGACAAUUACCGAGCUACGGCUCUAUAAUGCUGCGCUGCCACCGGACAAACAGCAGCGAGACAGGCAGAGAGGAGGCGUCAGACAGGCGGAGGUGGUGUGUACGAGUGAGAGUGUGGAGGUUGAGUGGAAAGGUGAAAGUCUCUGAGAUUUGAUGAGGUGCCAAAUACAGAUAGAGCCGAACAUCAUGUGGUGUUUUCACACUCCAAGAUAAAGGUGGAGGACAGGAGGCGGGGAGGUUGUUUAAAUAGACCCUGACAGUCUGACACAAAGCGUUUUCAGACUUCUAUGUGGUCCCUGCCCAAAAAUAUAACUUAAAAAGAAGUGCACCUGCCUAAAAAACUGCAGUACCUAAAGUGUCCACUCGAGGCUGGCUACAAAAGUGAGUCAUUCCUCAUUAGGCCCCAUUUUAAAAAUGUCUGACUGCACAGAAGGAACGAUUAUGUCUGUAAAAUGUGCAUACCUGCUUUCUGUAAUCACAACAGCAGAACAGGGUGGAGUUUUUACGUAACUCAGCUGUUUACGUUACACAAAGACUCAAAUUUAUACCUAAUUAGAGGUGUGGUAGAACAGUUGGUUCCUCCUGGUCUGAGCCUUAGCCUGGUUUUGGUCAUGUUGGGGAUACGACGUUAGCAUGCACACAGAGAAACCUGGUUAUUCAUAUCCCUGCAUGCAUGAAACAUACUUGUAUCCUGCUUUCUGAUUAAUGCAUCUUAUUUAUGUUAAUGUGGUUUUGAAAUGUGAAAAACGUUUAGCAGAUAUUGUUUAUUCACUCUGUAACUCCAUCACAAGUUCAGUGUUUGUUGCUUACAUGUUCCUGUUGCUGAUACGUCACUCGGCUGAGGUUACGUCUGUCAGUAAUCGGGGUAAGGCGAACAUGAAUUCAAUUUACUUUCUGAGUAAAAUCAGGUUUCUCAAAACCGGGAUAAUUUUUUAAUGUGAUGUGUUCAUGCACGAACACGAAAACAGGAUACUUGAAAAACCUGAUCAAAACCAGGAUACUUAGAACAGUCAUUGUGGACUCAUUUUAUCCCACAAUGCAUUGCGACAGGUGGUGUUUAACUAAGCAACAUGCAUUGUAGGGUGAAGUAAAAUGAUCAUUUGUUAGAAAUUCAGCAUUUUCAUAUUUAAAGGGAUAUUCCGGCGUAAAAUUAAUUUAGGGUCAAACACACGGCAACACCGAGUUAGACACAAACAUCAAAGAGACAAAACACAACUCACCUACUCUCUUCCAGCAGCCACUUGUUUAUAGCGAGACCUCGGGCCAGUCCAUUACAGACUGCAGUGGGGUGCCGCAGCUCAAGGAAGAACAUUUAUGAUCAUUUCUUCAUGGAAAUACAAUCAGACCGAGACGCUAAGUCAGAAGAACUACCGUGUCUGCAAAAUGAUUAAUAUGAUGAUUAUUACUUCAAGGAAAUGAUAAAGAAAUGAUCAUAAAUGUUCUUCCUUGAGCUGCGUCACCCCACUGCAGUCGAUGAACUUGCCCGGAGGUCUUGCUACAAACAAGCGGCUGCUGGAAGAGAGUAGGUGAGUAGUGUUACCGUGUGUUUGACCCUAAAGUAAUUUUACGCCAGAAUAUCCCUUUAAUUAUCAUGUGUUAAAAAAAAACGCUCACUGUGAUGUCAUUUCUCUCUGAAACUCUCAUCAUUAAAUCUGGUCCUUGCCACGAGUUCGGCCGCGUGUAUUAAACGUGCGACAGCAGUGACAUCAUCAUCACCGUGGGGUGUGUGUCGUCCGACAGGGUUUCUUUAAUUGUGUCAAUGAGCUCACUGCAUAGUUGACUCCCUGUGUAGGAAGCCGUGAAUGAGUGUGACGUUAACACUGAGAUUUGGUCUUUGGCAUUUGGUCGUGAUAUUUCCAUCGGUUGUACUUGUUUAGUUUUGGUUGUUUCUCUUCAGGUAGGAACUGUUGCUGAUAAAGACGACAUUCGGACCCUCGUGAGUAUAACCUCAUCAGCAGUAUAAAAAUACUAACGUAACUAUAAAUACCUCCAAGUCCUCCGGUCUCAGUCCAGGACUCGGGUCAGACUAGAGUCUUGUUCUCAGAAACUGGUCCUCUUGUCUGUUAGUUCGUUGGCAGGGGUAUGCACUCCUAUAUUUUUCUUAUUUGGCAUUAAAUCCGUCAGACAGGAUACGUUAGACUUCAGAGUGGACGUUUUAUCUCUCUGAGUUGAUUGGAUCUUGGACCAGAACGCCGUCAUUGUCCUUCGUUUAUCAAACAAUCAAAAAAUGGGAAUUUCCACCGACCGCUGAUUCAGCUCAUCUCUGAAUCUCUAAUCCUUGAUGCGUUCGAGUGAUCGCCCAACCCUCAUUCCUUUCCCCUACCUGCUCAGCCUGAAACAUGUUUUAUCCAACCUUAUCCGCAUUUGACACCUGACCAUUAUUAGGCGUCAGUACAUCGCCCUCAGACCGGAGCCAGAGCCGUGACGCGAGCCAAACUUACAUCAUUUCCUGCCGGGCUGGGAGUUCAGGCUGUGACCACGCCAAGAGAUUUGUUUGGGUUGGAUGAAGUGUCGGAGAACCCGUGUCACAGCGGGGUGUGUUUAUAUGCUGUGGUGGGCGUAAACGCGCUGCGAGAGCCUGUGACUCUGAAGUGCAAACGCCGCAGAGGAGCUGUGAUCUCACUCUGCUGUUUGAUGAUUCUCUGUGUGGUCUUAGCAGCCGUUCGGAUCAAAACCCUUUCUGAUGAGGUUUUUAAAUGUAAGUCAGCCAUGGUGGCUUGAAAACAUCCUGUUCAAACAACAUCAGUGAGUCUAAUUCUCAAGCUUGUUCAUAAAUCUUGUGUGAGGAGACUUCCUGAGACGUGGAGAGUCCUGACAAGUGCGUGUUUUUUUUACACCCCGGACAUCCUCUUCGGUAAAAUGAAAUUCAAAGGUAAAUACAGCGGUACGAGCAAAGUGAUUUACAGCCUAACAUUUUAUUUUCUAAUUUAUCCACCUAUUAAUGAAUAUGUGGGCGCUACCAAGAAGUGAAAUCAUGAUCGUAAAAGACAGAGGAGCAAAUCACUCUUGUUUACAAUAUGUUGUUGUUGUUUACACGAUCGGCUUUAAAAAUACAGUAAUAUGGUGUAUAAAGUAACAGUAAAAUCCACUGUCUUUGUGAGACCGGCAGCUUUCAGGUGAGGAACUUUAUUGUUUCUGCGGCACCCCUACAUAAUUAAAUAGGUUAAAUUAGAUAGAUCGAUAUUUUUUAUUGUGAAGCAAAUUCUGUCUUUUUUGAAAAUUAAAAAUAUUGUUAUUAAAAAUACAUAAAAAUGGCAAAUAACUGGUGUUCUGUAUUAAAUAUGAAUUAAUAAAAAAAACUAUAAAAUGAACUAUAGUAUUGCUUAGUCCACAAACAUUGUAUAUUUAUGAAAUCUAAUUGAAAAUAUGUUUUAAUUUUGGGUUUAUAUUGUCAUUUUUGUUCUUAGCUGUCUACCCUUAUUGAACACUGUCAUCUUUGGUUUGAUCUUUUGACCAAUCAGAGGCUGUAUCUGUGAUCCAAUCAGAAGCCAGGCUGCUAAGGCCAACUUUAAUCCACUUAUUUAUAAGGAAGUUAAAUAGAAUUGGAUCAAUGAGCAGAAUUGAUAAUGAAAUCUAUCCAUAAAAGGUCUUUAAUCCCUGAUCUAUUAAAUCUAUUUCUAUCUGCCUAUCAAGUGAGCUAACCCUCUGAGGCCCUGUAAGGUUAGCAUCACUGCUGCGCUGAACCCAAACUUUAACUCGAUGUUAUCUUUAACGAUAUUUUCAAACUUCAUGUCAACAAAGUCGUGGGCCUGAUGGACGAUUAAGCUUCAUAACACACCCUGCUUACUCACUCAGCAACACUCGGUAGAUGAGGAAAAAACCCGGUUCUGGAGAACUGCUGUCCCACUUUUAAUGAAGGGUCUUCAAGCUUCAAACCCGGUAACAUGAAUAACAAAUGAUUGGACUCCAGUGACCUUUUACACCGGACAGCACCGCACCGCUGCUGUCACUUUUGGCAUCUCGUUUGACUUAUUAUUAUUUUCAUGAUUUUAACGACCCCUUUUACAUCCUGGUCUGGACUCGGUCCACAGAGCAGGCAUGUUGACACCAUAUGAGCUGGUCUAAUGAUCCAAAAGACUGGGCUCUUCAGGUCUAAAGAGGGUUGAGGUUUGGCUGUACAGGUCUCUCGGAUUGAAAGGAUGUGAAUCAUUCGUUUCUUUCCAGUCACUCUAUAAAAAGCAGUUUUAUUGAGUAAUAUUCGUCUUUAUUUUCAUUCAUUUUAACAUGAAUGUGUCUCUGAAAACAACAUCUGCGUAUCUUUGUCCUCUCUUGUUUGGGUUUGUGUUGAUGCGUUGCCACCUGAGUCUUGUGCCUCUGUUUUGUUAGUCAAAGCACUUUGUGAACUCUGAAAGUUAAAGUUGCUAAAUAAAUGAACUACUAUCACAGAUUCAUUGUUAACAGGCCGGUCCAGCGAGGGUGAGGCUGGGUGUCCACCUAACCCUAACCCUGAAUUCAGCUGCGAUUAUCGAUUAUUCCUGCGUUGUUUUGCACAUUGACCAACAGGACAAACAAGAUUUACUGUAAACUGUGGUAUGCAGGAUAACUUUACGCUCUAUCACAAUCAAAGAAGAUUAAAAAAAAAAAACAAUACUUUCUUGUUCUCAGUCUUUGAAUGACAGGAAACAAACACCUUCUUCUUCUUCUUCUAAUAGGAAUGAGCAGCGUACACUGAAAUCCUGAUUGUGAUUAAUGUCGUUAAGGCGGUGCCAACUAACCGGGCUGUUUUCUGUUUCCUCCACCCAUUCAGAACAAAGAGGAGACCGAAGCAGAGCGGCUGUGGAUUUAGCUGUGCUGGCAGGUCUGGAGUGAAAACCAGUAAGUGACACGAUUGAACAUUUUCAUAUUUUAACAUGUUGAAGGCGCGUUGGCACGUGUUUCAUACAACCCCAGUCUCCUUUAAAUUUGGUUAUUGUGUGAAACGACCACAAAACGGUUUAUUUUUUCACUUCAUUUAUCGUCUAUAUUUGGUUAAAAAUGGUACAGAGACACUUCAUGAUCUUUGCUCAACGUUUUCCUUGUUGUCGUGAUGCUUUAAAUGUUUUCAAUGGGGGACAAGUCAGGACUACAUCAGGCCGGUUUCUCAGCAGGACUCUUCUACUUCAGAGCCAUGCUGUUGUAAUCCCUGUUGUCAUUGUCUUGCUGAAAUAAAAAGGUUGUCUGGAUGGCAGCAGAUGUUGCUCCUAAACCUACAGAGUUAGUUUGUCUUCAUCAGGGUCUGGAUCAGAGUUUCAGGUAUUUCUGGGUCAUGUUUACGUUUUCCUCUUUACAUUAUGCACUUCGAACCUGGAUGCAGCUACAAACUGUGAUCACAGAUGAUGUUUUUUUUUGGAAGUGAUUUUGAACCCAUGCAGUGAUUUCCACUCCAGAGUCAUGACUGUUUAUAAUAUCAGAUUCCUUCAGAUCUUCUGGAUCUUUUUCAUUAUAUUAUUUACUGUAGAAAUGUUAUAAUGUUACAUGUCGGGUAGGGCUGGGCGAUAAAAUGAUAACGUUUUUUAUCGAAAAUUAAUUUCCCUCAAUAUUAAUAUAAAAUAUGGUCGAUAUCCUUUUCGAUAGUCGGCACUCUGCCAUGUUUUGGUAGACUUUGGUAGCCGAUGAAAAGGGGAGUUGCUCCGGGUUGAACUAGAACCAAGUAAACAACUGUGUCGUAGCAGACAGCAGCUACACCCAACCAUAGCUCUUUAACAGGUGAAGCCGACAGCACUGUUGGUGAGAAAAAAAGAAAAUGAGUGCUACCCCUGACAGAAAUGACGAUGAUGAAGACUCAACAGAUGACGACAUCGUUGACAAAACUGGCAUGAGAACGUCGGUGGUGUGGAGGUAUUUUGUUUUUUUAAGGUCGGUCAUGAAGCAGAGUAAUGUGGACUGUAAAUUAUGUCGAGUACAUGUUCUCUUAAAGUCGGGGAAUACCUCAAAUCUUUUUCACCACCUGAAGCAGCGCCACGCCGCAGAGCACGCACAUCUAAAAGGUUAUAAAAUUUUAUGUUCUGAUAUAUAUUGAUAUCGACUGAUAUGAAAAAAACUAUCAUGAUAAACUUUUUCCCAUAUCGCCCAGCCCUAAUGUCGGGCCUGUUUUUCAUACCUUGAUUUGAAUCAUCAUGAUCAUUCAUAACUCUGUGUAGUUCCCACAGCUCAGCCCCUCCUCCACAGUUUACAGUGAAUUAGAGAGCCAUGUCCCUGCUGUCUGAACUUAUGUGUGUCAGUGACGUCCCUCAGCGACCAUAACUCCGUCAGCAGCGUCCAUUGUUGUCUCCAGCAGAGUCAGGGGGUCAAUAACACGGCUCAGAAAAACCCGCAGUUCCUGUUUCCAUGCAAUGAGAGAAAGCCUUUUGUUUGGUAACACACCCUCGUGUCUCGAUUUAGACUCGGCUGUGACGUUUGCUUCGGGUGCAGGCUGACAGUUCCUCCAAUACAAGACAAGUCGAGGAAAGUUGAUAUCGACUGACAGCCCAGAGUGACAUCAGUGUGUCAGGCCUCGGUGGGCGUGUAGCUUCGUGUAGGUUGAAUGACUCAGCGGGACAGAUACACUGUAUGUUUUCUGCUGGUACAACACCUACGAUGGCUUCUUAAAAGAGCUUCAGUUCCCGUUUUUGGAUUCUUCUGGGGUUUUUUCGGAGGGCUACAAACUUAAAGUCGGUACUCUGAGAUCACGAGGAUUAAUCGGCUAAAGCUGCUAUUCCACUGAAGGCCUCCUGGACGUUAAACCCUCGGGAUUACUUUUCAAGAGUUUAGAGUAUGUGCGUACAAAAGUGACGAAUUUCCAAGUCCAAACAAGCCGACUACUCCGAAGGUAAGAAAAAAGUCUCAAAGUAAACCAUGCAAAAUGAGUCCAGAGUCAAAGCAAGGCAUGCUGGGAGAUGUCACGCCAUCUGUGCUGUGUUAUAUCCAGGCAAUAGAGCAUUAAAGCAUUGUGGCAUUGACCGGCAUUUCAGUCCUAAAGUAAUAAAAAUAUGAAUCGUUUCUCUAACCAUCAGGCGUCGGCUUGUAAAGGUGAUAAAGUUUGUUAAUUCGGUCCCCUGAAUGUGCGCAUCUUUAGUCUAAAGGGUUCUGUGUGCGUCUGCGAUAUCAUGGAGGUCAAGAUGAGACAAACAGGUCCUUUUUAUAGAGUCAUCUCAGUGAUUCACGUACUCAACCAGCCAGAUCUGUGCAGACCUCUUCGUCUCCGCCCUUUCUUCUGUCGGCUUGCGUUUACUUCCCACUUUUAGCGGUGGGGCGAGCAGAAGUGUUUUGUUUUUUUUGCGCCCUUCUCCACUGCUAUGCUUCUUUUAGCCGCUCGGUGAUUGGAUGGAAAGGUGGAGCAGGAGAUUGACCAAUAGUAGCUGUCCGGGACGGAUGGCUCCCAUUGUUUUUGCAGCCCUGCACCUGAUAGGCUGAACAGAUUUUUUCCGAAUUCUUGUUUCUCUUCACUUCGUGGAGAUCGCACUAUAGGACAAUGAUCGCCAUAGAAACGAGGUUCAUAAUAAUUACCGAUCUCUCCAAUCGUAAACCAUGACUUUAAAUGGUCACUCGUGGUCUCCUCUGAAAUGCCUUCAUUUUUGGAGACUGGAGGUUUCCUCUCGGUCGCAACGCACCGGUGCUAACAGCGACCGAAUAUUGACUGUUAAUAUCCUGCAGCUGCUAGUGAGCUAGCUGUAGCAUCACUCUGAGCGAUGAUUCAGCAUUUUAAAAAGCAGUUAGCUGUAUGUCUGUGUGUUAGCUGUAUUUUUAUAUUAAUUGGUUUAAUGAUACACUUGUGAGCUACUCACAGUACAGUGGGUGUUGAUAUUCGACUCACAGCCACAUGCUUUUACAAAUCUGCCUCCUGCCUGUUGGAGAUGCUGGAGUAGAUUAGCUGUGCUGCUGCUUUUAGAUCCCACAAACAUAAGGCAGCUUUGCAGUGGAUCAUGGUUUUCCUGAGGCCUGCAAAAAAAACCAACCACUUCCAUGUGAAGGAGGAGCCUCUUUGGGGACAAACUCCUCACUCUUAUUUUACCCCGUGGCAUCAUUUCUCCUUGUGUUUGAUCAGAGCGCUGAUGAUUUCAACUCCUGAAGAAGCAGCAGCUCUUCAUACUGUAGUUAAUAAGUAAAGAGUUUGACGUCAUCGCUGAAUAAUUGAUGGUACUGAUGGAUUUAUUGCCCAGCUUUGUUCACAGGGAAGUCUCGAAAAUCUGGAUCAGUGCUCCACCUGCAACAAAACGUGGCAGCUGAUUCGUACUCAAAGUGAAAUGUUUGUUGGAUUUAAUGUUCCUAAUCUUUACAAACAGAUUUGACAUGAAAGUGAGCGUGAGAUUGUAAUCUGGGUUUAUCCUCUAAGUCCAGUACCAGCAGGCUUUGUUGUAUGGAGAGCAAAAACAUGCAGAACAUCAUCGACUGUGUUGAAAUCCUCCUGGCUCCCAUCAGCAGUUUUAAUCAUGUCUGUAAAUAAACGGUUUUAUAAAGUUGCAGCUAAACAUCAAACAUUUACACUUUGUAUGACUCAGACUCCCUCAGCCAAUCAGCAUUUGGCCUGAUCAACUUCCUGGAACGCAUCAGAAACGGUUGAUCCGACCUCUGUUCAUUAAAGGAACGAUUUUAACGUUGUUUCAUCUCCUCCUGAAGGCAGACCUUGUUUUUAGGACGCCUUUAUUUCAGGGAGUGCAGAACUCGACUGUUAGAGCAUCCCAACAAAUCUCAAGUCCAAUCCCAAAACUUUCCAAAACAGAACCAAACCUUCAAAAGCAAAACCUCAGAUGAGAAAUAAACUAAACCACUGAUCUAAAAAGUCCUCUUGUCUUUAAAACGUGCUUUCCUCUCUCGAACAUGUUAGCGAGGACAUGCCCCCAGAUGUUGACUGAAAGCUCAGUUUUACUCCGUGUUUGCUCGGUUAUUUAUGUCCUUAAACAAAACUGCGAGUACGAACAUUUCUGUCUCUCAGCUGGUGAGCACUGAACCGUUUGUAGGUCAUGUUUGUCUUGGCUUUUUUCCCCCCUGACAGUAAAGAGAAGCUCCACUCAUUCAUAAAUCCUGUUCUGCUUCCUCUCACAACCUCUUGUGCGGCUCUUUCUGAGUGGAUAGAUGAAGUAGAUGAUUUGUGGACUGGACGUCGGUUGUUUAGGCUCUUUGCUCGGGUGUUUUUCUUAAAGGGAAAUUCCACUUUUUUGUAACCAGGUUUUUAGAGUGUGAAGACACCGGAAAGUUUUGAUGUUGCGACGAUUGUUGCGUCGGUCAUCGGUCAGGAAACAGGUUGGUGAGACUGCUGCACAGUUUGUUAUAUGUGUGAUCAAAAUGCAUCCACUUAGAGCUCAAAAAUGAACAUGAACGUGUUAAUGAAAAACUUGUAACUGUCAUAUCUUUGAGUUAAUGAGGAAUACAAACUUCACCUCUAUGUUGUGCGAUCUGUAAACGCGAUUUUGCUUCAAUUGUGGCUUUUUGUGAAUGGGUGUGUAUGCAGCUUUCAGCGCUGUGGAUCAAGCCUCUAGUGGACACUUGAGGAACUGCAAUUAAUAGAACAGAAAGAGGAGGAUAGCGAAAGAGGAGGUCAGCUACUGGCUGGUAAAUAAUGCAGAUAUCACACUAUUAUUGUUCAUUUUUCAAAGUUAAUAAAAAAUACGGCGACUUGACUUGGCUAAGACGUCGACUGAUUCUCCCAGAGAGUUUCUACAUUGGCUGGAAGUCCGUUGGAGCCAUCUUCUGGCCCUUAGAUCGCUCUUUCAGGAACCAACGUUUGAGCUUCUCUUAGCUAAAGUCGUGUUUGUCCCGCCAUCUUUGUUUCAAGAACAAAACUGUCUUUGUUUCGUGGCUGCGGGCUGAAUGAAUCUGCAUGUGCAAUUCUGCUGUAGAGCUUUUAAAGCUCCUGUAGGGCGUUUUCUGUGUGUGUUGAUUUUGGCGCCCCCUGUGGACAAAGUGGAAACCAUUUAUUAUUGCUGAUUUUAACUCCCAUAUUUUUCGGGCGAUAAGGCGCACCGGAUUGUAAGGCGCACUGUGAAUUAACAUGUGUUUGCUCACAAAUAAGGCGCACCGGAUUGUAAGGCGCAUUAAGCAUUGGCGCAUUGAUUGGUUUAUCGUUGCUAGCGCAUACUCCAGGCCUGGGCUGCCGUACAUAAAUAGACUUCUAGUUUAGACAUUGCAGUCAGGCAGUCUUGUAGACUGCUCAGGGAUCCUGUUGCGGGGUCGAUCAGGUAGUGACACAGCGUAACGUAGUGCUUCGAAUAUCCAUUGAGCGGAGCAGCUUCGUUGCUUACCAAAGCCAUACUUACACAUUUCGACAGAUUUUUUUAGCGCAUUGUACCGCAUAAAAUCAGUCAGUAAGCACAACAAGUAAUAUCAAUUUUCGAGAAAAUUUCAGGAUUUUAAGUGCACCUUAUAGUCCGAAAAAUACGGUAAUCUUCCAGAAAGUGGUGUAAAUCGAUCACCCACUGUAAAAAAUUGCGGUACCUCCCCCCUCACAGCAACCGCAGGUAUUCAAGAUUACCUGUGAGAAACUGUCGCUCUUCUCAGCAGUCGUUGAAUUUGCAUUUGUACGUCAUAGCGACACGUUGCUGUUCAUUUUAGUGUGUUCAUCAAAAACUCCUUACAGGAGCUUUAACAAACAAGAUGUGAGGAUGUAAAAAAGUUCUCUGCAGCUCUCUCUCUCUCUCUCUCUCUCUCUCUCUCUCUCUCCAUCCGUCCUGAUUGGUAUCUCCUCCGUCUGGUUUUGUAACCCGGUGUGAUGAGACUGACAGAUUGUGUCAGAAACACACAGAGCUUCCUGUUGGUAUUGAUUUUUUUCUUCUGUGGAGACCGUCCGGGGAUGUUGGACUCCUGCUCUGUCAUCGAUUGUUAGAAGACAGAGAGAGUUGACUGUGGCGUGGGUCUCAUGGGUCCAGUUCUCUGUUAUUGGAGUAACUUUGAUCAGGGUUUGAUGGAAACUGCUCAUGUAAGGAGGUGAGAUACUGACAGCUGGAUUCAGGUCCUCUGUCUGAUUAAUCCGAACAUCCGAUCAAAUCAUGGUCUCAAAAUGAGGAAACUGCUGGAAAACGGAGCGUAGCACGGUUUAAUACGACACUGAAGUGAACAGUUAUGACCGGUUGCGGUAAGGUAAAGUGAGGUCAACAUGGAAGUGUAUUUUCAUCACGUUUAGAGUCAAUAUUUCCAAGAAAGUCGACCACAGAGAACUCAAACAUCGAGCAUCAAUAAAUCUGGUCUUGAACCCGCUGGACGCUCACAGCGAAAUACGGAGACAAACAGAUGAAUAAGAUAACAUCAAAACAAGAACCUCAGCUUCUCAGAGACACGAACAGUUCAGCAACAACCCUGAACGAAAUCUACAAAAACAAGUACACACCUGCACACGGCCGGAAAAAUGAUUGAGUUCAUUUUCAUUUAUCGUGCUGAAUGAUGAUCGGUUAAUUGAUUUAUCGAUUAGGCCAACAUACAUUGAACAUGUCAAUGCUGAAAGUGCUGUCGUAUCUGCAGGGAGCCCGAAUAUUCUUGAGUACUUAAACCAGGAACCUUCUCAAGAGUGUCAACCACGAUCACCACAAACCCCCGUGAAUAAUCCUCCUCAGAAAUGUGGCGCCUGUGUGUGUAAUCUCCAAUAAUCUGGUUGAUUUGGAUCACUCUCAAUAAAUUCUUUUAAAUUUAAUCAAGUUUAAAGUUGGUCAUUUUAAACCUGCCGCUCAAAACAAACACCUGAGAGCGGUUCUUAGCUCAGAUUUCCGAGCUUUUAGCUAUAAUCUAAUAAUCAAUAAUCACAAACAGCGCAGGAAAUGACUCCAAUGUGCAAAAAGCCCGGUGAUGAUAUCCGAGAGCAAAUAUCUCCUGAUGCGUGAAAAAGUGAAUCGAACUAAAUAAAAGAAAACAAGUCUGAGCAGCUGGGAUUGAUGCUGAUGUGGGCCGUGUCUCUGUUUAAUCCUGAGCGGUGUGAGCAGGAAAGACAGGAGAAAAAGGUGAAUUUUAACGAGUUCGGACUGAUUCAUCAGGUGGUUUAAAGGCUCUCCACAGUCUUUGAUAGAAAAUCGGACAAUCUGAAUGCAAUCUCUCCAGUGAAGCAGCUUUCGGCCGUCGGGGAAUACAAAUAAUAACACAUUCGCAGAUAUCGAACGCUGAACCGCCGCCAAAGGUCUCUGAAAGAGGGCUCUUCAUUUGCACACAGACUGUUUACGCUUCGCCAGCAGACCUUAAAGUGAAUCUUUCACUCGUAGUCAGUUCGCCUACACCUCCGUUCAAAGUGCCCACAUGCACGCCGCACAAUCAGAUGUCAGAGGAGGUCUGUUUGGAGACAGAUGAGAGGGUUUGGAGCUGGUGGCAGCGAUGUGUCGACAGACGGGAUACUCCAGGAAUGUUUCAGCUCUUACUGUAACACGGCGGGCGCCGGGCCAAAAGGAAAGCAAAGAGGAAGUUACAGAUCGACAAUUUGGCUGCUGCUUUUGCUGACUAACUAUGAGUGUGUGUGUGUGUGUGUGUGUGUGUGUGUGUGUGCAGGCUGAACGCAUCCAUCACACGGCUGCUGUGUGUUUGCCCGACAGCGAGGCCGGAGCGUUUGAGUUACAUGACGAGGGGCUUUUGGCGGCACGUCGCCACAGAAGGCAGCUCUUUGUGAUUUAAGAGUGUGUGUGUGUGUGUGUGUGUGUGUGUGUGUGUGUGUGUGUGUGUGUGUGUGCAUGUGUGUGUGUGUUAUCUGACUCAUGGCUUAGCGGGCUUCAGGAGAAGUGUGUCAGACUGGAAAACAACUGCAGUGUAAUCCAGAAAGGUCUCAGGGGUGUUGUGAAUGUGUGUGUGUGUGUGUGUGUGUGUGUGUGUGUGUGUGUGUGUGUGUGUGUGUGUGUGUGUGUGUGUGUGUGUGUGUGUGUGUGUGUGUGUGCGGGUAAGAGGUCUGUGGGGAUGAGUGGGAGCUUUUAUUGGCAAAGACAUGACUAAAUAUCUCGCUUUACUGUAAGUGGGUGAUGUGUCAAGAUUAAGUCAUGACCUCUCUCCCCCCUCGCUCGCUCUCUCUCUCUCUCUCUCUCUCUCUCUCUCGCUCCGUCUUUCUCUUAAAUCCUCCAGGCUAAAAGCAGCAUCUUCCGACUCUGAUAUCAGCCUGUACUUUCUGCUCGCUGACUCACACUGUUGUCGUGAGAGAGCAACAAUGGCGGGUCGACCUCCGUCCCGUCACCCUGAACAUCCAUACGUCCGUCUCUCUGAUAUAAGCCCACAGUUCUGGCCUUCGUGUCCUCCUCUGUGCUCGCCGUCUGCGUGUUUGUGUUGAGUAAGAGGUGAAACUCUCCCCUCCCUCCUCUCUUCUCCUUAAGGCCUCUUUUCCAGUUAACUUCAAAAAACCACGGGCUGCGACGCGCUGCUAUUUUUACCCCCGCUUCAAACCGGCCUGUUAAGAUUGUUUAUCUGUGUCCAGGGAGGAAAGCCUCUCGGCCAGGCCAGCCGCCGCAGAGCCGGGAGUGGACCGGAGCAGUGAUCUGUUCCCGGAACUGAGCCCAAACAAAGCCAGAUGUUUGAAAUUCUCCAGAAGGAAAGCGUUUUUGUUUUGGAUGGAAAACAGGGCGAGGAGCGACGUCAGCUUUGUUUGUGUUGUCGGGAACAGGAGCUUUGGAGGCUUAUCCCAUGAUGUGGCUUUUCUUUCCAGAGAAAUAUCGACGGCCUGUUUACCCAAAAGAUGAUACCAGGACUGUUGUAUCCUCUCUUCUUUCAGGUGCCUUUGCCCUUUUUUCUUGUGGACCACAUGUCAGAGGACCAGACCCUCAUAACAUUAGUCAUUCAGGGAGUUUGGCUCGUUCGGUUCGGAUCAGGCUGCUCUGAACUUCGGUAAAUUUAAUAUCCUCGUGGCUCAGUUGUUCAAAAGAUUGAAUCUGGAUAAGAACCAUCAGAACUUGGAAAUCCACUUUUUACCAUCCGGGGUCGGCUUACCCUGCCGGCUCAUUUCUGUCCUCUUCUUUUACUCGCAGACAAAUCAGAGUUCAGACACAUUCGGACUGUUAGAGGAGGCCUUCUGUGCUGAUCUGUCCUUCUGUUCAUCGAGUCACAAUGUUGGAUAUGUGUAUUAAACCUUUCUUUAUCUAACUGUAAGCAUGUCAGUCAGAGGCGGAAUAAUGCUGAAAUUAGGGUUUUAAUGGACAACAGAAGAAGAUUUUUACAGCUGCUUUAAACGCUCAAUAAAAAACUGUGAAAUCGCCAAAUCGAGCUUUAACCUCAGCUCGACUUAACUCGGCACGAACUGAGUCGGUCUGAGUCAGAUACGAGGAUGAACAUGACCUGCACGUCCUUCGAAACUCAAAUGUUAGGAAUCUCUUCAAAAAUAAAACGUUUUUCUAUCAUCUCUCUGAAAAUGAUGUAGUUCAUAUGCCAAGCCAGUAAGUGGCGCUGUACAGGAAAUGCACAAAAGACAGAAGAAGAGUACAGAGCAUGUGUAUAAAGGUUGUUUUGGCAUCAUAAAGAGUUCCUCUGUGUGUCACAUGAUCGUUUCCAGAGAUGCAGAUAGACAUCCACACGGAGAUGAAAUGGUCGUCGUUUACAGAUUUAUUCAAAAAGUACCGUUUACAGUCACCUGAAACGCCGUUUCCAUGUGGAUGAAACGCCGAAUCGUCUCUGAUUGGCUGUGAGACGUCAUCACACGCUCAAGCCAACCGCGGGCUGUCGGCUCUGUACAUCCAAUAGAACAUUACAGAAGAUUAUCGCACUUCUGAAUCUCUAACCCUAACCCAACAGGAAUAACCAAUCAGAGCCCAGCACUUCUAUCCAAUCAGAGGUGAAGAAGGGCGGAAAAUAUUGAAAAAUACAGAAAUAUUUUACCGAACCUGUAUCGCCCUCCCCAAGACACGCCCCCUCUGGCAGAGCAAGACGUCGGCCGGCAGAAGAUCCUACGCUAGCUUCAAACAGGAUCCACCAUGUCAGAUUGUUAGUGACUAGCGGCAGUAAACGCCAGCUCUGCCAGCGAGCGCCGUCUGCAGCUGCCUGGACAGCUACCGUGUUGACAUGUCAGAGACUAAUCAGAGUUAUUUAUGUAACAUGAGCCACGAUAAAAGGAGAUAAAAAUGACCUGUUCAACAAAAACUCGCCACUGCUCCAAGGAUGACCCGAUGUUUAUUCCAUUUAGAUUCCUCGCUUGGUCACAUUUCCUCUUUGUCUCCACCCUUUUUUCUGUCAGCUUGCCUUUUCUUCCCACCUUUGGCGUUGGGGCAAGCAGAAGUGUUUUUUUUUGCGUCCUUCUCCGCUGCUACGCUACUUUUAGCUGCUCAGAGCUCUGAGGAGGGCCAUCCUACGGAAAAAAAUGUUGCCCCCUACAGGCCUGGAAGCGCGAGACGUGAUAGAGAGGAAAAUCGAUUUGAGGAUUUUCAUUUUUCUUUAACAUCUAAUAAUCCGAUUACAGUUUAAAAUCGAUGAACCGUGCAACCAGCAUCCUCCUCUAAUCAAUCAUCUCCGAGCUCAAACCCCAAACUCGUUUUGGGCGGCGUUUCCUGUCAGCUCAUAUUUGCCGAACAGCGCUGUCAGAAAGUGACUCAGCAUGAUUUGAAUAUCAUGAAAAGGCCGGUCGAUGUGGACGGGAUGAGGAUGAUCAGACUUUGUCAUUAAACCCUGGUUCGGCUGAGUCAGAGUGUGUGUUUCCGGCGUGUUUGAUUGUACCUUUUAUUGUGUGUUAGUUUACACCCUUUUUACUGUCAGUCAGCCGUUACUUCAAAGAAGAAGAAACAACGUGUGCUCUAGUUUUGUAACGCUUAACAAACACGCCGUCUUACACUCUGCGCUGUCAUCUGGAGUCUUUUUGUUCCUAUGACAGCAGUUAAUUAUAAGCCGGAGAAGCUUUAGAACCGCUCUGUGGAAUAUGGGUGAAGAAAUAUGCUAAUGGAGUGAAAUCCAGAAAUACAGAGGCCGCUGUAAACUGAAACGUACACUGUCAUUCUGAGUGAGUGUAUCUGUCUGGGUGUGUGUGUGUGUGUGUGUGUGUGUGAGCCCCCACGCUGACUUACAGUGUCGUCAUGUUACCCAGAUAAGAUUGAUGCUCUCUGCUGCAGCCAUCAGGAACGCUCCUAUUAGCAUAAGUCUGCACGCCGGGGCGCAUGGCCGCCUCCCUCUGGGCUUCUUUUCUCCUCGACCUCCGCCUGAACCGCACCGCUGACGCACAUUAACACACACACAGACACACACACACACACACUCAGAGCCCGGGGCUAUACAGACGACUUCAGAACGAGCUGCUUUGUGCUAAUGUCACAGAUGAGAGAGGAACAGCGGUGGCCUGUCUCUGAGCGUGACAUUUAUCUACAAAUCCAGACGAUGGUUAACGGCGAGGAUUCGCUCUUUAGCUGGAUUCAACUGUGACCAGGAGAGAUGACAUCCACUGACUGAGAGAGUGGGGACUGUUUGUUGAGAUGUGUUGAAAGAAACCGAUGUUUCUGCUCUUACUGGCCAAACUGGAGCGCUAUAUUUACAUUUAGGACAUUUGAAAGACAGGUAUUUGACAGCCAGACAGCCCUUUGACUGCAGAUACACCAUUACCUUCCCACCUACAUACUUACGUACAGUGUUGUUUUUGGCAGGCAUUUUAGAUUUAGUUUUAGUCUUAGUCAUUUUGACGAAAUGCUUCUUCGUUUUAGUCCCAUUUUAGUCAUUUCUAUCCUUGAUAGUUUUCGUCUAGUUUUAGUCCGACGAAAACUUAAAAGGUUUUAGUCUAGUUUUAGUCGACGAAAAGGUGCGUUUUGAGGUUCGUGGUGUUCUUUCCCGACAGUUUGAAGCCGCAGCAUGAGGAAGCUGUGGCUCCACAACUGUCGUCUGUCUCGUCUCCCCGUACAAGACAUUGUGUUUUAUUGUCACUUGGACCGGGUACCGCUGCUGUGCCUGCCGCCACGGUGUGUGUGUGUGUGCGCCUCGUCCACCUGCCGCUCUGUGUAUGUGUAUGAGUGUGUGCGCGCAGCUGUGCGCGAGCGAGGCUUUUGGUGCGCGUGUGAUGGGGGCGUGACUGUUAGGACAAAAAAAAAAGCAUGUUUUGAAACUUUGUUCGUCCACCUAAUAACAAUUUAGUCUCGUCUCGUUCUCGUCUGACGAAAAUCAAUACAAUUUUCGUCACAUUUUAGUCUUUACAGAGCUUUGGUGACGCUCGUCUUAGUCUCAUUUUCGUCAAAGAAAAAAAAGGGGUCUGACGUCGUCAUUUAAGUUUUCGUCCUGCCUGACGAAAACAACACUGCUUACAUACAAAGUCAGAUAAGGAACAUGCUUCAAAUUGUGGCUUUAAGGACUUUAAAUUCUCCCCCGUUUAAAGAAAAAACACCUUGGCAUGUAGUUCGCCUCACAAACAGAUCCGCUGCGGUGGAAAUUGGGGGUGAGACUUUAAACUCGUUUGGAAAAGGUUUACAGAAAUCAAUAAGCAGGCUUAUUUGUAGCCGGUUAAGUCUCCCCCUGCUGGCCAUGAGAUAGAAUGAAUUAAAUACUGUAUAAUGUUUCAGUGUUUACUGACAAGGCCUUUGAGGUGAGAUAACAACAAAACGAUUGUGUGUUUUAAUAAGAGACAAGAAUCGGCUUUGAGGACGCACGAGGAACCCGGGGGGGGGGGUUAAUCGAUAAGGACAGUUAAGCCAUGACUACUCCGUGAUUCACCGUCCGUCUAUCAAGCAUCUGCUCAUGCACCGUCAGUCAGACAGCCAGCUCUUUAUUUCCUGGAACAGAUUCAUCGAACACAGAUGGCUCACAUGGGAUGGGAUGGGGGGGGGGGUUCUUGACGGGAAGGAUGGAUCAGUAUCAGGCUGGUGGUCCUGAGGUACCGGCUCAGUCAGACAGACUGGAGACGGGGAGAAUCCCGAGGAGUCACAAAAGCAGAGAAUGAUGAAUAGUUUUUAUUACUCUUAAAAAAAAAACACUCGCAGGAACAGUUGAGAGGGUUUAUUUCAGCGAACCUCCUUCAGGAUAUAAAGUUCAGCGAUAUCCACCGAAAACAAACACGAGAGGUACACAAGUCCAAGAACCUCCAGUUGUUGAGAAACAGUUUAAUUUUGCCAAACUGGUUUGAUGGAGCUGCUCGAUUACACUCUUCAAAUCCAAUAUCAACUUUAAAUUACCUCGUCAGCUUUCCCAGCUGGAUUUCCUUACAACAAAACCAGGACUGAUCGCUGCUCCUGGUCUCAAGUAUCCGGAGAGAGUUAAGCUAACGUGUGAACUUCUGAUUUGUGUACCUCAUAAACUUGUCUCUGCAUGCUAGCAUUGCUGCAGCAGUUUGUUUGUUUCUCUGAUGUUACGUGGAGGUAUUUUCCCACACAGCUUUGAUGAAGGUUACGUCUGAUUGUGCAGAAACAUAAAAACAGGCUGUUUUCUCAAAAACGUUCGCGUUGAAGGUUUGUUUUUGGCUGCUUGACUUAGCCAGCUAAUCACAACAGCUAACUUGAUCAUUCAACCAUGUGUUAGUUUUACAGUUUGAGGUACCUGCAGGUAAACUCACGACAAACGUUGUUUUCUUCCACUUAUCCGGGUCCGGGGCAGGGAAGCCCAGGCGGCCCUCAUCCCAGCCACUUCCACGAGCUCCUCCUCCGGGGGGAUUCCCAGGCGCUCCCAGGCCAGGCGAGAGAUAUAAUCCCUCCACCUGGUCCUGGGCCGGCCACGAGGUCUCCUCCUGGUGGGACAUGUCUGGAACACCUCUAACGGGAGGUGUUCCAGAAGGCGUCCUAACCAGAUACCCGAGCCACCUCAGCUGACUCCUCUCGACGUGGAGGAGCAGCGGUUCUCCUCUGAGCGCCUCCCGAGUGUCCGAGCUCCUUACCCUAUCUCUAAGGCUGAGCCCGGACACCCUGCGAAGGGAACGAUCUCGUUCUUUCGGUCAUUACCCAAAGUUCAUGACCAUAGGUGAGGAUCGGCACGUAGAUCGACCGGUAAAUCGAGAGUCUCGCCUUACGGCUCAGCUCACCACGACUGAUCGGUUAAGCGUCCACAAUACUGAUCUCCCACUACAUCCUACCUUCACCUGUGAACAAGAUAGGAGAUACUUGAACUCCUCCACUUGAGGCAGGACCGCCCCUCCGACCCGGAGAAGGCAAUCUUCCUUUUUCCGACUGAGGACCACGGCCUCCGACUUAGAGGUGCUGGUUCACAUCCCAGCUGCUUCCCACUCGGGCGCAAACCGCCCCAGUAAGAGCUGAAGGCCACCGCUCGACGAUGCUUUUUUUCCACACUCUUAUCCUUUAAAACCACCACACUUUUGAUGAGUCGGGGUUUCAACAGCAGCUGUGAGAAGUCGGUAUCGUGAUUAUCACUGAAGCUCGUCACGCUCGGACAACAAAACCUCCGUUUUUACCAGCGUCUCGCCCACUCUCUCCGCUGCGCACAGAUCUGAUUCUCACCUGAAGGUGUGUAAUGAUGUCGCAGGAGCUUCAGACAGUGUGACUAAUAGUUGUCGCUAAAUGGCUUGAACAUCCUGCGUGUUUAUUGGAUCGAUGCGGCUCUAACUCCCCCCUCUCCAUCCGCUUAUCCGCCCUUUACCGCUCAUAAAUCUAUAGUUUUUGGGAAGCGCGAUGAUUCAGGAGGGAAACAUCUUUGACUCCCAAAGAUGGCGUGUUAUGAAAGAAACCUAAUUAUCAGCGCAGUUGGAUUUUUUUUUUGCACCAUGACUCAGCAAAACUGAGACCAAGGGACAAAAAAUAAAUCUUAUAUAAACUCGCAAUCGUCAUCAUUUAACGUCACUUCUACCUCUCUGCUUCCAGGCACAGAGGCAGCACGGACGGACCGGUGGACGGACGGACGCAGCGACAGGGAGGAUGACAUCACCAUCACCCGUGGGAGCCAGGGCCUGCCUUCAGUGCCAGCGGUGUGUAGAUGUGUGUGUGUGUGUGUGUGUGUGUGUGUGGGAGCCUCUGUCUCUGCGUGUCACUUCCUGGGAGAGAAUGGAGCAGGAAGCCGGAGUGAGAGCCGACAACAAGCGCUCGCCUCACCUCUACAAGGAAGCCUUUCUCCCCAGAGAGCAAAAUGGAGGGAUGUGUGUGUGUGUGUGUGUGUGUGUGUGUGUGUGUCCUGCAUUCACACUGCAGAGGGGCUUCUGUUGGUUCAGGGUUUGUGUGGGCUCCUACUGUUUCUCUUUCUUUGAGUUCAGUCUGACUCUUUAAACAAACUCUGAUCACUUUUUUCUUAAAGGCAGGGGUGUAAACAGACUCUUUAGGGACAGGGGCCCCCCUAACAGAGAGGGGGACUUUUACCAGCUAGGCCUUUAUUUGUGAUCCAGAAACAAAAUAACCAUUAUUUUCUUUUUAGCUCCAAAACCAAAACCAGAGACAGGAUAAAUAUUUUACUGUCUGAUUCAAAUGGAUUAAAAUUUAAAACACCUUUGUACGGUGGCUCUGAAGGUUAAUGACACAAAUUUUUCAAGAAUCCAUAAAAUCAUUUCAUUCAAUGUACCCCCCCUUAAAAAAAUUACAAAAUACAAGAAUAUUUUAAUGCAAAAGAGAAUUUAAAAAAAACUUAAUUCUAUUUUUAAAACCCUUAAAAAUAUUUUUGAAGAAACAAAAGUAAAAGCAUUUUUUCAAAGAUUCAUUUUGCAGCAAAUUGUUUUUCAGUCAGAAAAUAUUUUUGCAUUAUGUAAAAUAUUCUUUUUUAAAAUGUAUUUACAUAUCAAAAAUAUUUUUAAGUUUAAAAAAAAUCUUGUUUUCCAAUUAAUUUAUUUCCAGAAUUUUUUUUUGUGAUAUUAAAACUUGUCCUUGUUUUAAAUAUUAAUAUUUCUGUGCUUUCAUAGUUUCCAAAGUUUCCCUUUUUUCAAAUUUGCUUUAUUUUUAAAUUAUUAUUUUAUUGUAAUUUUUGUGUUUUCAAACUGAACUCCAUAAAUCAAAACACCUGUGUACGGUGGCUCUAAAGGUUAAUGACAUAGUUUUUCAAGAAUCCAUAAAAUACUUUAUCAUUUCAUUUAAUGCACCCCCCCAAAAAAUUACAAAAUACAAGAAUAUUUUAAAGCAAAAGAGAAUUUAAAAAACUAAACUAUAUUAUUAAAACCUUUCAAAUAUUUUCAAGACACAAAAAUAAAUGCAUUUGAUUAUUUUAGAAAAAGGAAGAAUUUUUAAACACAAAUCUGUUCCUCUUUAUUUUCAAAGAUGCAUUUUGCAGCAAAUUGUUUUUCAGUCAGAAAAAUCAGUUUAAAAAAAAUUUUGUUUCCAAUUUUUUUAUUUCUGGAAUAUUCUUGUUAUAUCAAAACUUGUUCUUGUUUUAAAAAUAUUUCUUUAUCAUAGUUUCCAAAGUUUGCCCUUUUUUUUCAAAUUUGCUUUAUUUUUAAAUUAUUCUUUUAUUGUAAUUUUUGUGUUUUCAAAAUAAUUUUUAUCAUUUUAAGUUUUUUUUUGUUUCUUUAUUUUUGAUAUUGACCCUUAGAGCCACAAUACCCUUUGACCCAGCUUCUUACAAUCUAGAAUUGAAUAUUGAAUAUUAAAACUAUGACUUUGUUUUAUAAUUAAAAAAAACAAAUAUAUUUGGGGUUUAGUCACUUAUCCCAGGAUUAAAUAUUUACUGAUUAUGUCCAUAAUGAAGGAGAACUCAGUAUGAAGUGCUCUCUAGCUGUAUCCUGUAAAAUGCUCCUAAACUUGAUGUUCAGUCCAAUCCUGAAGUUCUCCUUCCUCCUGCUGCGUCAUAAAUUAAUGCUCUUAAAUCUGCACCGGCUCUUAUUCCUGUCUGCUCAUCCUGACCUUUGACCUCUGUGACCUCAGUGCAGGAGAGAUGAGCGCUCCCUCUUUAGUAGAUACAUGCUGUUACAUCCCCUUACAACAGAAACUAUUGAGCUUCUCAGUGUCAUGUCGCCCUCUUGUGGCAGAAAGCAGAGUCACAGGCUUCAGGCUCUGUUUAAUCACAUGUGACAGCCUGGCAAAAUAUUAUGUCAUGACUUUAAGUGCAUCUCAGUGUGAGGUACAAUCUACUUCACUGGUUUGGAUAUGAGAUGAUGCUCAGCUUCCUCUCCUUCCUCUUGGGGGCGGGGCUUAAACUCCGAACAAAGACUCUCCCACCUGGACGCGUGGAAGGCCGCCCCCACUCACACCUCAUCACCGCAGGUCAUCUGACACUCUUUAUUCAGACACCUGUAAGAGCCACAGGACAAUGCUGCAUUUACCGCAAGCCUUGUUGUCAUGACGACCUGACCGGUUACAUAAGAGUCGGGCGCUGUUUCCCACAAAUGACAGCUUUCAGAGGUCUUUGUGCUGCGACACGAGACACCGAACACACAGUUAGUGCAUUCCUGCAGCCGGAGACAGAGGUGCGAGGGCGGACAGAAAACAACACCGAUGCUUUUAUCUGAGAUUUAAUCCGGCGUCGAGGUGAAACCAUCAGAGUUUUCUGUGAGAAAGCUGCGAGUGAAGACGGCUGGUGGGAAAAAUGAGCCUCGGUGCAAAAAAAAAAUCCGAACACUUUCCUGAUUCAGUCUGAGAAUUUUUUACUGUGAUACUCAUCAUGUGUUAAUCUUCUUAAAUUAUAAGAAGAUUAAAGAUAAGAGGGUUUUUAAAUAGACAUUCAGGGUGAUUUUGAGAAGAUGGGAUUGAGCACAUGUGCAGCUGAACAGUUAUUGUCUCCUCUGAAUGAAGCGCUGGCUCUAAACCUAAAAAAAUGAAAGACACUUUAAGAGACAAAGGUGUUGAACGCAGUGUGGCACGUGUCUGUCUCCAUCUACAGCGAAGUCCUCGGUCAUGGUCACCUCACAGCAGAUAUAACGACACAUUUUCGCACAAAUGUUCGCUCCAACUGCUGCACUUUUUGUCAGAUACCUGUCUUCACAUGCAAUAACUCCUCAAACAAGGGUGACUUAGCUAAAGUUUGAUAACUUGUAAUAUCUCAGUUAUUUGCUGAAAUUUGCCGCAUUUUGUAAAAAGGUAAAAAGCUAAUUCUAAAGAGUGUUUUUCAGCAUUAGUUCUCCUCGUUUUGGUUUUGUUUGUUUGAGAUGUGACCGUCUUAACCUGCAGCAAAACUGAAUAUUGAUGUUUUAAAUGAAGUUUUUAUCACUGAGAAUCUUCAAAAAUUUAAGAUACUUCACCUGUGGAGUUAUUAAUUUACUUAAAUUUGCUUUUAAAAUCAGACUGAAGGGGUUUGAAUUAAAUUUUCACUUCAUAUUUAUGUGAAUUCGACUUUAUGGGGGAUCAAACUCUUGAUUUUAAAUACUUUCUGGAGGAUUUUGUCACUAGAAUUCCUUUAAGUAAUUUUCAAAAUCUGCCUUUUUAAAAUGAUUAUAAGUCUUUAAAACAUGAAUUCUCCUACAAAAAAAAAGGAGUAUAUUUAGAAUAUGCAACAUAAAUAAUCUGAACAAUGACUGUUGGCGAUAAAUUGUCAUCGAUGGGUCGCGUGGGUCAUGUGACCACCUUUACUUGCAGGUCAGGUCCUGUCAGUUGCAUUCUCAUAAAAUCAGUUUCUGUUUGAGUUCGUUCUGCGCUCCAACAGAUACAAAUGCAUCCAUCUGUCGAGGCUUUCAACGGCAAGUCAGUGAGUUUUAUUUAUGUAGCACUUUUUAUAGAUAAAUCACUUACAAUCAAAAAAAAUCAAAAAACUUUCAGUCGACUCUUUGCUGCGUAAGGUCAAUGAUAGUGCAUGUCAGAGACGAGGGGCACUGGCCUGGAAAGAGCGGUCACCUCAUGUUUUAAAACGGGUGUGAGGGACCAUCAGGAGUUCGUGGUCUGAUGACCUUAGUGAACGUGAGCGGGGAGGAGGGUCUCAGUAGCUCAGUGAUGUACGAGGGAGCUUGAUCAUGGAGGGCUGUAAAAGCAAGAACUAAAAUCUUCAUAUGAAUCCUGAAAUUAACUGGUAACCAGUGGAGGGAAGAUAAAAUUGGGAUAUGGUCCCGUUUCUUAGAUCCAGUUACAAACCUUCCAGCUGCAUUUUGAACAGUUUGAAAGCGAUUUACAGCCUUUUUGUUAAAACACAUAAAAAGAGCAUUACAGUAGUCAACGCGAGAUGAAACAAAGGCACGAAUUAUCAUCUCCAUUUCAGGUCUAGAAAUCAUGAACCUCAGUUUCUCUUCUGUCCUCCUCCUGCAGGAAUCGCUGACUGUGAAGAUGAAGCUGCGAGGGUUUUUUUAAAUGAAGUACGUCUCGUGAUUUUCUGUGUGAAAGAACUCCAGGUCUGGGUUUGCGCUUCCUCUCACACAGGCGUCAGUGUCAUGUGCGGUUUGUCAGCCUCUUUUACUUUGAAGUCUGUUCGUUUUAAAGUCCUCUGUGCUGCUGGAGGCUCAUUUUUUAUCAUACCAGUCGUGCACGUCGCCACGCUGCCACGACGACCACAUCCAUGUUUGAGACAGGAAGAGGGAAUCACAAGUGAUAUGAGGAGGACAACACUACAGGGAGGAUGUCAGAGGGAGAAAUAACACUCCGAGUGUCAGGGUUGGGUUUAUGACAAAGACACGAUUUUACUGCUGAUAAUAUUUCAGCUUUAUUCUCAGAGUGAAAUGAGUGUUUGCAUGUUUUAUUGAUCUGCAGAGGGUGAGGUUGUUAUCACACACUCAUGAGCCGACCCGUUUUUCAGUUUGUCUCUCCUGGUUGGUUUUAGUCAGUCCUUUUUUAACAGCCUGACACAAAAACACAGUAUGAGUUUGAAUUGACCUCACAGGUUAAAUAUUGACGUUCAAACUCUCUAGGAGUAAGAUGAAGUUUUGCAUAAUUAGGGGCCCGAGUGGCUUGUCUUUGUGUUCCGCUUUAAGAGCGCUUUGUCAUGGUUUCGCGUUGAUUCACCUGCAUGUCACCUGCACACACAGUCGGCUAUAGUUUCAAAAUAAAGCGCAUUGAUAGUAAAAGGUGUCAGUGACUCCCUGCAGUUGGUUCACCUCACGCUGCAGCUGUGAUCACACUCCAAACUCGUCUUCCCCCAGAAGCUGGUUUCACAUGGUGGUUUAGAUGUGUGUCUCUGUUGUCUAGCACCAUUUGAAAUCAGUGUUCUUGGGGACAGGAGGACAGCUCCGGCAGAGAGUGAGCAGCACAGGACCCCCCCUCCCUCCUCCUCUUCUUCCUCCACUAACAGAUAACUGAUUUCUCCUGGUGCUUAGAGCCAGCUGCAGCCUUCUAGCACCAUUUGAAAUCGGUUAUAAAACUGUGGAUCAAUUCAUUUAGGAGGCCUCAGCGGAACGAAGAAGGAGCUGGAUCUUUGUCUUUGCUGGAGGAGAUCAGUCAGAAAUCUUAAACUGAGUAUAAAACCAGCUUUGACUGCAAAGAGCAUCAUAUGUGCAAGAUUAUCCACACUCCAAAUAACUUUCUUUUUAAUCCAAGAGCUUAAAUUUUCUGCUUUUUACUUUGAGACUUCAAAUCAUGUUCAGUUUGAAAUAGUUGUUUGUUUUGUGCAGAUUGAUCACAGCUUUAUUGAUCCCUGUGGUGUUUUGUGAAUGUUGUUGCAGUUCCUACAUACCACCACUAGAGGCUGAUAGAAGUCACUGAGUAGCUCCACAUGGCUUCCCUCUUAACCCUUUUUUAUCAAGGCAGAUGAGUCUUCUAAGAAAGCAGUCAAGUACGCAACAAGAUGGCAGAUGAAGCAACUAAAAUCUGGACUAUGAAGACUUAAGUGAUCCUCUGUCUUCAACCCCAGAUGUUUUAUUCAUUUUUUCACGUGUCACUCUUCCAGGUUUGCACCAGGUAUAUGAUAUAAAAUGUCACCAUCCUCCAUCUGCUCCAAAUCUUCAAGAAUAUUCCCUCAGUACCAACCCAAGUUGUGCAAAACUUGUGCAGGGGGCUGUUAUGGUCCGUGGGGUUUUUGUUUGGUUUGUGGUGUGUUUUCUCAUCAUCGCCUCAAACUGGCGGAUCUCUGCAGUCAACUGUGGAUUCCCUGCAAACGACAUAAAUCUGAUCCACCGCUCAGCUCCUGUUUGUGAAACAGGAUAUGAAAUGAAAUGGGUUAGUGCCAAACAUGGAGGGUUACCAAAUGAGAGAAAUAAUGAUCGAUCUCAGGUGAGAGGUUUAGAUAAAUUUAUGCACUGAGGCUUUAACAAACAACUGAUAUCUACUUACAGUGGGCACAGAAAGUAUUCAGACCCCUUUAAACUUUCCACUCUUUGUUUCAUUAGAGCCAUUUGCUAAAAUCAAAAAAGUUCAUUUUAUUUGACCCCUACACACUCGGCCUUCACUAUCAAGUGUCACUUGUCAUGAAGUUACACUCGCAGCGGUGGAGUGCGCCUCAAUUGAAAUGGGAGGGUAUAAACAAGACAGGCGGGUAUGGGACGCCCUCCUCACUCCACCGGAAGACAGAAAGAUCCAUCACCAUAGCAACACAAAGACGCGUCCUGUGCAAGGCAGCGUUUCGUUUCUUAGUAAAUGGACAUCAUGUACAGUUCUGAGCCGCACCGGCUGCCUUGUUUCUUCAUCCUCCCAGUAAAAUCAUAAACCCACAAACCAUCAUAGUGACAGGAGCUAAAUUAUACUUCUGAUUGGACAAACUAGAUGUACACUCAGAUGAUCCUACUGUGUUAUCAAGUUCUCCUUUUAUAUUUCAUAUUGAGAAUAAAUCAUUUGGUAUUUUUGUGAAACUGCUUUGUGCUUUUGUAAAAUACAAUUUUGAUGAUUUUACAAAUGUUUUGAGUUUUGAUCAAAUGUUUUGUUGUAAUAAAUGCUGAGGUGGUCUUUGAGCACAUGCAAACCUCUAUUAUGUCAAAAAUGGACAUUUCAUGUUCUGAUGUGUAAAGUCUUUUCAAUGUCAAUAAAGGUUGUAUUAUCACAAAUACAUGUUUCAUAAAUUUUUGGAUAUUGAUUUUGUUUUUUAACCCCACCAUGCUGACCAUGUACGGUAUUUUCUUUCAUUUUUCAUGUAAUACUGAACAUAAAUUUAUUGAAAAAUCAUAGUUCUGUAGACUGUUAACUGCCUUUUUGUCAUUUAUUUUUAAUUUAUUGAUUUAUUUUCCUGACAAUACUCUCUUGGACUGCACUAAUAAAUAUUAUCAUAAUGGCUCUCAUUUCGUUAUUGAUAAGUUGUGUUAUACUCAAGAAUAAUAAGUAACCAUGGAUUUUCAUAAAUAAACAAUAAGCAGAUAGGUAGAGUAAUAGCUAUAGGCCUACACACACAAGGUAGAAUAUCAAAUUAUUUAUAUAUAAAACAUUUAAUCAUUCAGUGUAUGUUAUAUAAGUAAUAUUUCAAUUAAAAUGAUAACUAUAAUAACACAAAACAUCAACAUAUAUGUGUUCAUUUUCAAUAUAAAUAUCUUUUCCAUGUUGCCUUUCUGUAUAUCUGUUAUGCGAGCUCUAUCUAUAGAUAUAUGUGUGUUUUUUCCCCUGUUGCUUUAGUGUUACAUGCCCUGGGUGUUUGUGUGCUGCUUUCUCUUUCUCUCUCUCCCUGCAGUAGAGAGGUGUGGCAGGUGUGGCUGAUCUGCUGAUUAGUAGCGUUCCCUCCUCUGUCAGCGAUCUUGUGUGGACCUGUUUGAACAAGAGUGUGUGACUCUGGUGUGGUUCAGUGGAUGGACUGAGCAGGCUUUCAGUGGCAGUGGAGCCUGCAGUGCAUUUGCUAUUUUCCUUUGUUACCUUAGCUACUAUUUGUGUUGUGUUGGUGUUUUUUUCUGCUUAAUGCUUUUUAAAAGUUGGUUGUUUAACCUCAGAGAAUAAACAUUUCUGUUUAAAUAAUUACCUGGAUGCCGUUUCUUAACCUUGGUUCUUUUUAUGUAACUGUUGUCACUCCCUUCAUCCCCUUACAGAUCUUUUUGGUACGUAACAUUUAAUGACCCCUUUUCAGAUGUCUGGACCAUAGUACCACCUAUAAGAGACGACCACCUGUUGCUUAGAAAACUAUAUCUAGGGUAUUGUUGAUGUCUUGCAGAAAUCUCCUAUCUUCAUAUUUACCUUUUUUUUGUUGGAUACUUUGAAUGAACAAUAACCUUAGAGAGAAUAUCACAAAUGAAAACAUAUGAAUCAACUGUGCUGCACGAUUAAGUUUUUUUUUUUUUUUCUCAAAGAAAAGCUUCAAUUUCAACAUGUCCAAACAUCCCGACUCAGAGCCACAAUCUCUCUGCUGUGAGACUAAAGUCUUCAAACCUGACGAGGAUCACAGACUUUAUCUUUGAGUCCAACAGGAACUUUGAUUUCCAAGAAAAGACGAUCAAAUCAAAGUUCCUGUUUAAUAGAAACUAAGACCAACUAAACACACCGACUUUCCUUCCCGCAGCGUCCUCCAGCCUCAGCUGAAUCAAGGCUUCGAGUCUCUAUGAUCCACUACCGUAUUGACCUGAAUAUAGGAGCACCCUGAUGAUAAAACCUUCCCCCACUGUUCAGACUCACUUUGAGGACUUUUUAAAGACCAAAUCUAGUUUUUGUUUGAAGGAAAAAUAAUAAUAAUCAAUUGGACACAGUGAAUGAAACAAGCUGAGUUGAUGUUUUUAACAUGUUUUGGUUCAUACUCCGUUAUUGGACUUCACCCUGAAUAGAUGCUGAUCUCACUUUUUCCAGACUCCAGUCAAUACGGUUCAAAUUCAAAUUCAACUUUAUUUAUAUGGCACUUUUCAUACAAAAGGAGAUGCAAUUCAAAGUGCCUCACAGUAAAAACAACAAUGAAGACAAAAACCCAACCCUUCCACCAACACCCAUGGACCCACACGCACUCACCCACACACACAGCCGCACACAGUGUGAGAAUUUAAGAUAAAAUUUAAAGACACAUGACAAGACAAGAGGUUAUUUUUACCUGACAGAGGAUGACAUGCAGGAUAAUGUUUUUGUUUUUGUUCAAGAAUCUUUUCUUUGAUUAUAUUUCACACAUUUUACUUUGACUUUCAGGUCUCAUUUAUGGUUUAAUAAUUGUGUUUGUUCAUCCAAACAGGAGGGAAUUGAUUAUUGAUGAGCACAAAGAUGAUAUGAGAACAAAAACAUGUAAAGAGAAGGAAAAUAAUGUCUAAUAAUAUAAAAUAAGGUCAAUUUACCUCCAGUCAAUAUUUACAAUCAUUUCAGAAAAUUAAAACGGAUGAAUAAAAAUAAUCAAGUGAAAGAAUAAAGCUUCUGAUUUUUGUUAAAACCCCAAACCCUGUCCUCCUCCUCCCUUCACCUCCAUCUCUCCUCACUUCUCUUCCUCUCCCUUCAGUUUAUAUUUGGUCUCUAACGGUGCAAAGGAAAGAAAAAACCUUUGGGUUUAAUCAGAACUUCUGACUGAUCUACUCUCACACAUGGUAUCAACUCCUGCUGCAGAAAUAUGUGGGAAUAAAUCAACUCCACCUCUUUAUAUUUCCACUGGGUGGCGCUGCAUCAUGGUAAAAACAAAGUAAUCCAAUCAAAGUGUAAAUUUAUGAUCAUGUUUCCAUCAACAAAACAAACCUGUUCAGACUGUUUGAUCCCAGAAUAUGAGGGAAAAGAUCAAAUAUCCAGAGUCCAGGUCCUGAGUUGAUCUCAGAGCAGGUCAAAGUGCAGCUCCCAGAGUCCUCUCCGCCCGCUGUGAUUGGUCAGUCAGUCUCUCAGUAACAUGGCCCAGUCAGAGACUCACCUCACCCUCACUGCUGCUGCCUCCACCUCUCUGAUCAUCAGGAAAUUCCUGAUCCUCUUCUUAAUCACUCUGACAGAUGUUACUACAAUCUGAGGAGAGAAAAAAAGACGAUCAGUGUUUCCACUCUGAGACUCACUUCAUCAGCUGGACUGAAGAACAUCCAGUUUACAGACCAGCAGGUCUCAGUCCUGCUCAGACCAGAAGUGAUGGUGUAAAGCAGCAGGUUUCCUCACAAAUAAACCAACAUCAUCAAAAUAAAGAAAUCAUUCCUGUCAAAUGUGUUAAAGCUGAUCGAACAAACCUGCUGUGAAAAUAACAAGUAUAAAGAACAGCUGUCUGUUUUCAAACUUAGAGGUCAAAAUCAACAAGUUAGCAGAGAAAUAAAGUCUGUGUUGAAUACAGAGAACUAUAAACUCCACUUCAGAGCAGAAACUGAACAUUUCUGUUUCAUUAUGUCUCAUUUCUACAUCUGAUCUGAAAUAUAGAGACGAGGAGACACUUUUUUCAUCACUGACACUCUUACACUCCUGGUUUGAUGAUUUCUGUUCUCACAGCUUCACUAAAGAAAUAAUCCUCUGAGAGGGUCGAAGAGUCAGCAGGAAAUACUGAAUAUCUGCUGAGAUACUGUGUGGAGUGGAACAGGAGAGAUCAGCACAGACUAACUCCAACUCUAUACUGACCUCAGAGUCCUCAGUCUGUAGUCUGGACUCUCCUGAAGAUCACACAGCAGCUCCACGUCUGAAUACUGCAGAUUGUUGUAACUCAGGUCAAGAGUUUUCAGAUGGGAGGGGUUGGACUUCAGAGCUGAGGCCAGAGAAGAACAGCUGAUCUUUGUCAAACUGCAGCUCUUCAACCUAAAUAAAGAGGAAAUAAUGAGAUUUUAGAGAAAAAUGAUCCAGUUUGAAACCUGAUGUCUUAAAUCUGUAGAGUUCAGGGGAAAGGUUUGGAAAGUAUGAAUCAAAGAAAAGUGACGCUCCAAAGAGCUGAACCAAACAGGAAGUCAGUUUGAAACAGUGAAUUCAAAAAACACAUUAAACAGUGAAAUAAAAAACUCAGAGACUUUUUUACUGAUUGUAGAUACAGCUCAAUAUUUUCAGAAAAUGUCAGCGACUUCAGGAUGGAUGGGAGAUAAAGGAUGUUCAGAAUAUUUUCACUUUGCUGAACCAAAAAUAUCACGUCUUUGAGAGGAAAUAUUUCAGUCUAAACACAGUAAGGCUUCAAAAGUGCAGAUAAACCAGAAAUUUCAGAUUUUCACACAAAGAUUCAAAAACAAAUUCAAAGUAACAGAGCUGGACUUUCCUCAGUGUCAGAAACUAAACUCUGAGUUUUUUCUAUUCCCUGAUCUUGUCCUGAACUAAAGUUUGAAUGGUUCUCGUCUGACAAAUCUCCCCCUGCUUCUGUUUUCUGUCUGAAUGUGCUUCUCACUGUGAACUCUACAAAGAGUUUUCUUCUUGGGUUCAGGUUUUAAUUCACUGGAGCUCAGCAGUGAUCUAACUGGAGUCAAUCAAAUAAUCCACUGAUGCAGAAAAUCUACUCUGGACUGAAGGUGUUCAGUCUGGGUCAGUAUUUCAGUCCUGAGUCAGCAGUUUAGUGUCAUCAUCACAAACAAAUCAUGAUAAUGUUUGAAUGGAGGAAAAAAUUCUCACUCUAGAGUCUCCAGUUUACAGUUUGGACUCUGCAGAAGGUCACACAGCAGCUUCACUCCUGAAUCCUGCAGCUCGUUGACACUCAGGUCCAGAUGUCUCAGAUGGGAGGGGUUGGACUUCAGAGCUGAGACCAGAGAAGAACAGCUGAUCUUUGACAACCUGCAGCGCCACAGUCUGAAAAAAGGAAAAAAAUCAUUGAACCUCUGAAGAAACUUUUCCUGUUUUUAAUGAUCCAAUGUUCUUGAGCCCCUGAAGGACAUUGAAGAAGAACUUUUUCAGAGUAGAUCCUGAGAAAAUCAUCAUCAACCAACAGAUCAUUGAUCAGAGAGGUUUUUAUGGACCAACUGGACAAGAUGAUGUUCAUGUUCAACAAACUGAAGUGAAAACUGCCGAAAAAUCUGGAUCUGGUUUUGACAUUUGAACACGACUGAGCAAAGAAGAAAUUCAAGUUUUCAAGAGUUUCCAAAUGAAAUAUCCAGAGUUGGAUUAACUUUGUUCUUCAGGUUUCAAUCUGCAGCUCAUCAUUUCUCUGACACUUCAUUCAUUCAUUAGUGAUCACAUUAACUGUGGAUCAGUUCAAUAUCAGCCUUUAGUCUGUGCUGCUCCUGCCCUCUACAAGCAUGUGUAAUAUUUGUGGGACUGAUUUUCUCCUGCUUCCUUUCUACAUCCAUCGUUCUCCUCAAAGUCAACUCUGAAAUGUCGGAUUUUUCUUCCUGUGUUGAAGUUUUACAACGACAAAUUCAAACUGCUCGACCAAAGUUGAUGGAAAAACCACAGAGAAAAAUCUAAGGCAGCAGCUGUCACAUCUUAUUGUUAGAUCAGGAGGAAAUGGUGUCUCACAUCAGAGUCUCCAGUCUGCAGUUUGGACUCUCCAGUCCUGCAGAGAGAAGCUUCACUCCUGAAUCCUGCAGUUUGUUUCCGCCCAGGUUCAGAUAUCUCAGAUGGGAGGGGUUGGACUUCAGAGCUGAGGCCACAACUUCACAGUGAGUCUCUGAGAGUUCACAGUAUGAAAGUCUGUAACAACAUAAAUAUCAAACAAUAUUUCAUUAAAGGGUAAUUUGAUGUUUCUCUUCACCAAAAACAAACAUGAUCUUUGGUUUGACAGACGGCCUGUUUUUAACCAGACAGAUACUAAUAUCAGGACCACAGCCAUGAGAGAAGACAGGAAGUCAAAGUUUAGAAGAAAAAAAAAAAACUGUUCAGAUGUUCAAGACAAAUGACUCCAUGACUUAUUUUAGUCAUUCUGUUCUCUAACAGUGUUGUCUUCAUGUUAGUGCAGCUGGAUCAUCAUGAUUGUGUGAAUUCUUGAGUUCUGGUUGGAGAAGGGGACUGAGAACCAGGUUUUUGGUCC